CUAAGUCACAACAGCCUAGUAUUAACUAUCAUUUCUAAUUGCUGAAACGUACGUAGGUUACUCCUCUGCCUCUCCUCUGCUGUGAGCGCCCAGCACACAGCAGUAGCAGCAGCAGCAGGAGGCUCCACGCCCCUCGCGUUUACCUGCCCACAUGCAGGUGGAGCCGUUCACAAGGGACAAGGACCGGAGAGACGGAGCUUCAACCAACACUUGAUCAAUACAGCGCCGCUUGAGAGAGAGGAUUGAUCAUUUCUGUUUCAGAGCGUGACUUUUUUUUCUGUUUUAUUUCACUAUCCGACUGAUGGAAAAGACAUCCUGCUAGGGUCCACCUAGCGCCAUGUCCUUGUCAAGGAGCGCACGAACUACUGUCAGAUAACCAACCCCUGGACCUUUACGGAGGACUGAAAAAGAGAGGUGGGUCACUUUUUAGACCGUGAUAUGCUGCUUUAAAAGGCACUAUAAAGAGGAAAGACGUAGAGAAAGAAGUUUCGGAUGAAUCCAGCUGCCAGGUUGAUUAAACAGAAUUUAAUGGAUGCCAUUUCAGUUUCAAUUCAGUGAACUUUGACAUUUUUGUGCAUGUUGGCUAAAACGUAUAUAGCUACUAUAAAAUUACAAUAACACCAUUCUGAGUCUCUGGUAUUGAUGGAUUAAUAUUACACAUGUUGGAAAAAUUCAGUGAAAGUUCAAACAUUUGAAGCUGUUUUUAAUAACAUACAACUGUGCGAGUCAUGCAACUGAUUGGAGCUGGAGGAUCUUGAAGGGUGUUUAGUGGCCCCUCUGCGAUCUGAUUGGCUACUCCCUGGUGCCACAUUAAAGGAUGAUUUUUAACUUACGUAAGAUGACAUAUAUGCUGCUGCUUUGUUGCUUUGUACAGAAUGCUUCUUUGUGAUACUUCCAUGUUUAUUGUUAACAGUUGUAGUAGUGCAGUUCAGAGACUCUUGGCCACUGGAAGGCCCUGUCAAUACAGUAUGGGAUGAUUAUUGCUAAGAAAUUUUUUCUUAAAGUCUGGAACAAAGAUAUUUAUACAGUAUAUUACAGUGAAGAGAGGACCCUCACAUCACCUCAAUGUCCUGAUUAUGUUUGAAUAUUUAGCUAAUUGUUCAUUAUUGUUUUAAGUAUGAUUCUAUUACAGUCAUGGAUGGCCAUGGAAACUUUCGUUAUAGAGUACAGCUUUCACCCUUUUUCCCCCAACCUACUUUGGGGGAGGGAUUUAGGAAAGAAGGGGAAUAAAGUAUUUAGCAAAAAUGUAGUUCAGUCUUCAUGCCUUGAAUAAAUCAGUGCCACGGGUUAGCCACCCUAGUCCAUAAAUGAUGGUUCUGCCUCAAGACUGAAAACCUCUCCAGCUGGGCCCUGACUACUCUACACACAAUCUUAAAAAAACAAACAAACAAACAAACAAACAAAAAAAAAAAAAAACGGAUAAAGCUACAAUUAAAGACUUCUGGAUCAUUUUAAUGUAUUUUUUGUCUUCAUUUUAGCCUCCUCCUCCCCAAGAUGGCCUUCCUCCAACAGCUAAGACUCCUUCUCUGGAAGAAUGGACUGGAAGUCAUCAGACAGCCGGUGAGUGACUGCGCCAAAUAUAUGUAUUUUCAGCUACCAAGUAUAGAUGGUCAGGAAUUUAUAUCAGCCUCAUUAUACCUUAAAUAAUAAUGUUUUACUGAGCAAAAGUUUACUCUUCAUCAACUGGAAGGGUAAUAAUAAUAAUAAUAAUAAUAAUAAUAAUAAUAAUAAUAAUAAUAAAUGAUUACAUUUUCUGUCAUAGUUAUGGUCCCUGACUUUGGUCAUCUGGCCUCUGAUCAUCUUCAUCAUCGUUGCUGUGACCCGACACCAGUUUCCUCCACAAGUAAAACCAACAUGUAAGUGAGAACUGUAAAGUACUCUGGACUCGGUCCAUUUCUAUGUGCCUUUUUCUCUAUUCUCUUCAAGGGCAAGUCAUACUUUAAUACAGUCAGUCACAAGUAUAAUUAGGCUUUACUGUUUGCCAGUGUUUACAGAAACAUCGUUAAGUAUAAGAAAACAAAUAAAAGCCUCAUAUAAAACAAUCUGGAAAUGUCAUUGGCUUUUUUAACUCUCCUGCAAGCCACUCAAUAAUAGUGAACAUAGAAAACUCUGGUGAUUGAUAUUUUAACUUAAUCUUCAUACUGUCUCUACAAUAUACAAUCAGAUUAUUGCAUCAAAAAAUUAUUUGGCUGAAUUGUCUUUGACAUUUUUACAUAAUAGAAGAAGAAGAUGAACUUUAUUGAUCCCCAAAGGGAAAUUCAGUAUGAGGCAUAUGUUAAAUCUGACAUCAUCUCAGAUUUCGCAAAUGUGAUACUGGAGAACAAAAGGCAAUUCAACAUGACUCAGUGAGUCUGUAUGAACACAAAACCUUGCUGACAUGGACCUUAACUGAUGGCAGCUUUACACACUUUCACAAAGACGGUCAACAAAUUAACCAUUCAACCCCAGCGUUUAUGGUCCUUCACCUCUUAGCCUAUCCCCCUGAGCUGAUGACGUAGUGUUUGUACUCUUUUAUAUCUGGUUGAUUAUGUAUCAGGAUGUGGGUAUAGGGCAUGCUUGGUGUCAGGGGUACGGUAUGCUUUUGUAUAGCCACUUAAGACCACCACGAACCGCACUGAAAAGUUUGCUGCAGAAGGAGGGAGGAGCAGAAAAUGCAAUCAGUUUGCUUGUAAAAACACAAAAUAGGCCUUUCAGUCAAACCUUAGCCUGUUUUUUCUUUUUUUUUUUUUUUGUGACUCAUGAAUUGAACAACAAGGUGCCGCAGCUGAUCUCAGCUUCAGCAGUGAGGUUAUUUAAAGCAGGAAGAGCUCAUUCUGUUGUAGACCUCAUAAGUAUGCCUUACUGUGUUAGAGGAUGGAUUAUUUUCUCUUUGUAAAGCAUCAAGAAAGGUCUCAGUUUAAGAGUGGAAAUCCUCAGUUCUGGUAUUGACUGUAACCAGUUUACCUCACUGCUUUUGUUUGUUCAGUCUUUUUUCCUGGAUCUGAUUCUAUCAAUGUAGAGAGUCACGUGUAAUAUAAUAACCCCAGUGUGCUCUGUUAAGGAUCAACCCAGCAAACGUGAACAAUAGGGGCUUACCUCUCAUGUUAAGUUCUGUUUGGUGCUUAAUUCUUAGCAGAGACAAGCACAACAUGAGACCACACCCAAAACUGAUAACAAGACUCUGUAUAGCAGCCAUACUCAGUAUACAGUCAAUAUUGAUCUCAUACAAUAAGACUAUUUAAUGAAAUUAUAUAAAACACAGCCAUGUCAUCUUUUCAGAUUUAUUUAAUAUGUUUUUUUUAGACAAACUAUUCUUAAACAGUGAUCUAAUGAGCUGGUAGGUUAACUACUUUCCAAAUCUAAAUGCUGUCCUUUUACCAGACUUGUUCCUCUUGUAUUUUUUUGAACAUACUGUAUAUGUAUUCAAAUUAAUGUUCAAUCAGUGUCAGUUUGAUUUUCUGUUUCACUGUUCUCUCUGUAGCUAUGUAUACAUGACAUGCAUUCUGCACAUAAUCUACUUCUUCAAAGUCAGUUUUUAUGCUGAAGUUUUCGGGAUUUCCUCCAUACAUUCCAUGACUUUUCUUGAAAAAAACCUUGUUUGCAAAGCCAACAGUCUCAUUCUGUGUGGUGACAGGAAGAAAUAUAACUGUCUGAGUUAAUAGUUUAACAGAAAUGAAUGCCAAAAAGGUCAGUCUAGUCACAGCGGCUUGAGAGUAAUCAGAUAUUCAUGGUCUUUACAUCCUCAUGUCUUUGUUUGAAAUCUAAGCAAUAGCUGGGAUUGUUUCACAACAAAAGAUGGUAUAAGUUACUGCAAUGCUAGUGAUACAGGCGCGUGGAAAUUAGCUCGAGCUCUUGAGCUUUUCGUCAGAUAUGGUUCAGAAAGAAAAGAAAAAGAAAUUAAGCUAAAUAACAGUGAUCCAUUUAAAACUAAAGAAAAACAUUGACAACAGAAUGCAAAUGAAUCAACACUUUGUUUCAUGUCUUUCUUUUUUAACUUCUCUUCAACAGUACUGUGAAGUUUACAUAGUUAAUGGUAUAUGGAUGUCUUUCUUCUUUAUGUAGUUAAGCCUACAACAAGGGCUUGAAUAUUACAUCUAACUUUUACUCUACCCAGAACUGACCGUCAGUAAGAAACCAACAAAAACACGUUUGUGAGUUUGUAAAGAACUUUUUAUACUGACAUGUAGCUUAAAAAGGUUCACAUAGGGGCAAACAUACAGAAGUGUGGAUGGACAUUGACAGCGAAGAUUAAAAAAAGAAAACUAAAAAAGGGAUUAAAAAGUGCAAUAGUAAAUUAGUCAAUAAAUAUUUGUCAACAAAUUAUAAUCUUAAAUUUGAAUAAAGUGUAUUGGAGUGUGAAGAUAAAGGAUGUGGAGCCAGAAUCCAAAAUCACUCCUGAUUUAGUUUUAAUCUGCUUUUUCAGACCGCUGUGUCUCAUGUGCCAUUUUCUUCUGCACUUAGUUUUAAUAUGAAAAAUGAAGACACUACCUCCUGGAAUCUGAACCACGUCUUAAUUGAAUUUGUAUUGUCUCCACCAGGUUAUGUGGGACCCCGAAACCUACCCAGCACAGGCUUCUUUCCUUUCCUCCAGACGCUCAUGUGUAACUCAGACAGUCAUUGUCACAAUAAAUCACUGGUUGUGGAUCCAGCCUCAUCAAGGACAACAUCGUCAGUUCAUGAAAGGUACCACCACAUCAUUAAACUUUCAGUUUUAUCUUACUUGAACUGCAGGAUCACCAAACUGAUAUUUUGAGCCUGCAUCUCCUGCUUCAUUGAACUUCCAUAUCCCAAGCAAACUAAAUGUUGUAUAUUUUAAAUGACGACGGUUUAACUUUUUCCCUGUCUGCUAAGAAGCAGAGGAGAAGUGAAGUCUUUUAUAAUUUUAAACCUCAACAGUUUUCAUUUCCCAACACGUGAAGUUACAUAAGCUGAAAGAAACAGGCCCCUCUUCUGCUUUGUUGUAGUUCAAGUGUCAAAUACCAACAUCAGUGAGCCAAAGUGGCUUACGAGUGUUUUCUCAGCUUUUGUGUCCUAUGUUCCGAUUUUUGAAUACCUGAUGAGGGCUGGGAGAAAAACCUGUUUGUCUAACCUCUGACCUGCUGAUGUGAUGAAUGAUGUUUAGCAGAUGUCCAGCCCAGCAGCGACUCAUUGUCAGACUUUUAUUUUACAAUAGCUUCAGUCCCGCCUCUGCUCUGACGUAGCUAGCCUUUGCUCUACUAGCUUUUGUUCGGGAAGUGGUUUUAUCUUUGGAAUUUUUUCCAUUGUUGUUUUUAACUUGAAACACUCCUCCGAGAAGUUCUGCCUUUCUUCUUUUCUUAUAUACUUACAUGCUGGAGGGUACAGUUUGGCAUUGUGGCGUUAUAACACCAAAAUACUAUGGUGUCAGAUUUUUAAGUGGAGUAAAACAUUGUGCAACAUCAGGUUGAUAUACUGUAGAAAUGAGAAGAUGAGAGCAGAUUGAAGGUAGACUUUUUGUUAAUGACCCCAUAAAUGUGUUAAAUAUCUUAACUUUCCAUCUCUAACCACUUUGGCUAUAUAUGACAGCUCGAGGAGCUCCUUCCCAGGAAAGUUGAUCGGUGGGGACUUAUUCAACUUUCGUGUCCCAGAUCACCUCAGAAAUGAUCCAGCAGAUCUAGUCAAGACCUUGAACAGCUUCGUGGGUAUGUUUUCUUCUUACACCGUGACGCUAUAAUCACUUUUCCAUAUCUGUAUUUUCCUUGUAAGUUUUGUCCACAGCUGUACAGAAUCACACAUUUUACCCCGCUGAACAGUUUUGCAGAACAAAGUCAAAGCACGGACAACCCUUGGGGAUAUUUUUGAGCUAAAACAAAUUUUUCAGAAAGAAUACUCAAAAUUUAAACCACUGAAGACUCACUCCAGAAAGAAGAUUAUAUUCAAAUAAGAGAGAGAUGAAAUCUGGCCUUGUUGUAUUAGAGUAGGGUUGGCUGAAUUUGAGUUCAGCACAGCCCACUUCCACCAGAUCAGGCUUUCAGAGGGAAACCUGUUGUCAUGUAGUCUAGUCGUAUAGCUCUGAAAAUAAAGUGCAGUGCAGAUAGCAGAAGUUUGAAGGGGUUGUAGAGAGACGCUGGCAGACAAUUUCAUACCCAGAAUUUCAGCUGUGAUGGUGACAGGAUGUGAGAAGACAAUCCAGGACAUUUUUGAUGACAGGGUUUCCUGUCUUUCCUUAACGUACUGAAUAUUGAAAGUAUGAAAACAAUGACUUUCUCUUCAAAUGUGUUAUCUCUGAAUGAAGUGGUAUUUCUUUCCAUCAGUGUAACAUAAACUGCUCAACUCUUUGCUGUCACUGUUUGGUGUGAUGUUUACAAAGACAAAGAUUUAAUAAGAAGAAAUGUCAGGGCUCACUCUAAACAUUGGGAUACUCUGUUGGUCAGUUUAAUAAAAGGUAGAAUAUGAUGAACAAAACACAAAGACAGGAGUGUCUGGACCCCCCUCUCCUUAAUAUUUGUAUUAUCUAGCUAAUCUUGGUUUAUCUCGUCAUUUAACCACCUUUGAGAGAACAGAGGAGCACUUUGCGUUUCAUACAUUUAUACUACACUUUCUGAACUUUUUAAAAUAGCUUGUUUUUAACUCAAGUUCGUGUUUGCAUUUGAGUUCAGAGAAAUGAGACAUUGUUUUCAACAAAACUUACCCAUUUGCACAUGUUCUUGAUUCUCAAGGCUCAUUAAAUGGAGGUGAAAAUCGCAAUGCUUCCUUCAUGGAGAUCAGUGCAGCUCUGGAAAAUAAUGUGAGUAUUGUUCGAAACACUGUUGAAGAUAAGAAACAGCUCUUUUCUGUGAUUUAUCCACUUAGUUUGGACUCUUUCGGCCUCCUAUGUACGGGUCAUUAUAGUUCAGAAAGAAUCCUUAUUGUGGGACAAGAAAGUUUAUUGAAAUAAUUCAGUUAAAUUUUAAUGAAUGUCUCCAGAAAGCAUCAAAGCUAUGCACCAAACUGACAACAUUGUGUGUCUGUUGUAGUAUGUGGUGCAUUUUGCAGAAUGGUUGCUUUUUAAAUGCAACAGUCUAAACUAAUAAAAUUUUUUCCCUCACAGGAGACCUUACACCAAAUACUGGAGAUGGCAGACGUACUGAAGAAGGCUGCAUGUGCCAUGACACUGCCCAUGAUAGACACAACGUCACAAAGACCAGCAUCCCAGGCUGUUGUGACUUUCUGCAAGUCCAACGAAACUGUGUUUGAAGUCACUCUUAACAUGCUCAACCAGGUGUGUGUAUGAUGAUGUUUGACUGCAUACAUACUGUACAGUAUAGGGGGUUUGGCCUAUAUGUGUUAGCUUGCUGUUGGCAGGGCAAUGUGAUGGUGCAAACAUUUAAGUCACAUUUUUGCCCCCCCCCGGCUGUCAGGUACUCCUGGAGGCGAUGCAGACACACCCAGAUGAGAUGGCAACACUUGCUGGGGUGGCUGUUGUGUUUCUGGAUGAGCUGCAGAGUCAGACGUCACUGUGGGAAAGCUUCAUAGCUCUUCCAAAGCUCCUUUCUUCUGGCUCUGUGGAUGAAGCAUUGGACAGUGUUGAGGUCCUUCUCACCAACGUUCAGAGGUAAUGUCUCAUCUACAUGUAGAGAGGAUACAGAUGUUUUAUAACCUGAAUGUGUGGUUUAACAUGUGGGUUAUUGCUUUUAUUAUUUUUCUACUGCAACCAGAGACUCCAGGCUGAGGUUAGGUUUUUAUUUUUUGCUAAUAAAUUGAGGGACUGUUGAGGAAUGCCAUCAGUGCACUAUAGUGUCUUGUAAAACAUAAAAAAAUUAUUAACUUCAUUAGCAGCUUUUUCAGACAAAGUAAUUUAUCAGUGUUGUAAAAAACAUAAUCUGUCAGUGGCUCUUAAAAGCCCCUGUGAGGAACUUUUGAUUUGUUUGGAUUUUGGCACCCCUGACAAAGUGAUCGGUGUUGUUUUUGGUCCUGUACAUGUGGAUUAAUGUUUUCAUUUAAAGUAAUCCCAUCCUCCUCCUCUCUUUUAAUGGGCUGUAGUGGAGGCAUGCAGUUAAUGAUUUUAUCUGAUCCCCUACCGGUGAUUUGAACAUGUGCGGACAUAAAAAAGACAUUGAUAUAGCCUCAGUCUGUUUCAGAACUGAUUCGGGGUGUAAUUGAAUGGUGGGACAUAAACAAGUUUAGGUUAACUGAAUUAUUAUUGGCUCUCAAAAACCUGCAUCACUCUGUUUGUAUCCCACAAUGUCUGAGUCUCAGAAGGCAAAAGUAUCUUGUUUUUCAAGUUUCUUCUGCAGGUUGUGUCUCAGUUUGAACACCAAUUGUUUCUCCUCUUCUGUUUCUCCAGAGCCAUGGGUGCCAUCCAAAGCAAAUACCUUGAAGCCGGGGCCCCCCUCUCUUUGGCUGAUCCCAUCAUUGCGGUUGGCCUCAGCGUAAUCCACCAUGCUCAAAAAUGGCCUGGCUCAGGUAACUCACCACCAUCUACCCAACAGAACAGGGAUCAGAUCAAAGUACUUCUGCAGGUUGUGUUGAUGUGUGAUUAUGUUCUUACUUCUGUAUUUGUGUUUAAUUUCUGGAUAUGCUGGAUCAUAUAUAGAAACUUGUAGUCUAGUGUGAUGGGAACCUCAGCAGUGUUCCCUUUUGAUACACAAACAACAAAGAAAUGUUGUCAAUCAAGCUUUUUAUUAUGAGGGUGUGCUGGCUUUGACCAUGUGAUUUGAUGUGAUGUAGAUGUGUCCAUUCCACUCGGAGAGGUUGUCAUAUUACACAGUGACUCAUUAAGUGAAAUGGUGAAACAAGUUCUGCAAAAUGUCCAGAUACCGCUGAGAAAGGUAUGUGCUGACAAACUCUUAUAUAAGCCUUUACAUGUACUAUGAACCAAAAGAUGAUAACUUUGUCACGGAUCUAAAACAAACAUACUUUUAGUGGAAAUGUGUAUAUAAUUAUGUGUUGAAUAUAAGAAUAGCAUUUGUCAAAACAACACACUUACAGUGUAGCAGCUCUGUAUUCAAAGCUGCCAAACUGGUUUGGUCUGCAGGCUGCCAGACUUGGAUUUUUCAGUCAAGAGAGCUGAUGUGAAAGAUUAAACCAUAAAACUAGUGUAGAUUACCAAACACACUUUAUUUAUUUGCUUUGAUGAAAAAAAAAUAGAUGGAAGAGGAUGAAAAAAAGUACUUCUAGCUAGUGGCCUAGCCUAGCUAUAAACACUGAAAGAACAGAAGGUUGUGGUUAGUAGUAAAAAUGCUUAUUCUUCUGAAGCUAUGAGCUCAAUGCUUAUUGUAGAAACUAUUUGGAUUAUUUAUUUAAAAAAAUAAAUAUAUUGUUAAAAAAAAUCACAAAUGGAUUUCGGUAGCUGCGCUGCAAAAAUGUGCUUGUCGACUACCAAAGAUAACAUUUCUCCAGAUCUCAUUAUUGUGACUUCAUCUUCUUGUAUAAAGGGAGUGUUACCAAAGGGGACUUAGAUUCUGUGGGUGUUUUGGUUAGAUUAUCUAACUCUUCCUUUGAUGGGACUCUUUUUUAUGUCUGCCUGAGAUGGGACCUUGUUUUCCUUUAAAUGUAGAGUAGGAGCUGGCUGGUAGUUUUAUUAUAAUUCCUGUUAUUCCUCUCUCUUCUUUCUGUAGGCCAUUGCCCUGACUUUGGACAAAGAGACGUUGCACAGCUACUUGUGUGAUGACAGCAAUCGGCCGAUGUGGCUAUCAGCAGCAUGCAGCACAGGCACUGUGCGCAUGGUGCUGGGUUAUAUCAGCCCUAUCAAGGUUGCACAGCAGGUAAGUUGGAAGAUGUUGCUCAAGAAUCAUCAACACUAGAGAUGAUUCAGUCUCUCAUUGUGAGUGUGUGAAUGUGAGAGAGAUUCAUUUCUCAUUCUUACUGUUUCCCAGUCUUAUUUGACGCCUGUAUGACCUCGUUUCUAAUUGACAUUCUCGCUCGCCACCUUAACAAGCUAUUAGUUACAGACUGUGCCAAAUAAUUAGUCUACAGCCACAAGAAAGCUGUUGGCCAUGGCAGCAAAUGAGUGCGACUCUCGGGUGAGCACCUGGGGAGCAGAAACGUCAAAUGUCCAAUUAGCGUUGCCACUAUGGUAGAUGUGUUCAGAUGAGAUACUUCUCAAUCAGAGGCCAUUAACUGACUCUUUCUUUGUUACGUUCAGUAACUCAGAGGACAUCAACUAGCAAUCUAAUGCUGACAUUCAAAAAAAAAGGUUGUCCAAAGUCAUUCUUCCCUACAGUAGUUUUUUAAGCAACUUUCUUACUUGACAUGCUAACAUUUAGCACAUUUUAAUAUACACUUAAAGAAAUUUAGUGCGACAUACAAACAUAUAAAAUGACAAAUGUGAUAACCAAAUCUUUAAAAUCAUACCUUGUCCACCCCCUUUCUCUUCAUGUAAACAUCUUUAUCCCCAGGCUCUCCUGGCAUGGUGUAAGCAUGUUUCUCAAUAUGAUUUGGCCUUCGCCAAAGGGCUGCUGAACAGUCCGAUGGGAGAAGUGGCCCCGAGAGGACAGGGAGGCCCCCACAACACCAGGACCCGUCGCAGCGCAGAAACAUAUCCACUAAGUAUUGAGGAGGAGCUGUAAGUACAGAGCUUUGGGAAACUGCGGCUUUAAGGUGAAUUUCUUUAUGAUUCUUUAAUGCUGCAGAGACCAAAAAGUAAUUAAGUCCCGUACUUAUGUUGAAUUUACUUUGGUCUUACUUAAUAAAGACCUCAUUGAAAAUCAAAGAAUCACUCCAAAGGAACCAUCUUAUUUGGUUUCGUUCAUGUUUUUCUGUCACAUACUUUUCUGUCUACACCUCUAACACUCCCUAAACAGAGCAAAGAUGCCUUUCCACGCCCCAGCAGUGUGUACUCAAAACAAUGAACUAGUUUAUCAUGGGUUGCAUAUUUUUAUCGGCAGGUUUUUGGAGGUUGGGAAAAACGUACUGAAGUUGCUACAACUAUGGCCUGAGGCAGAACAGUUUGUCCAAAGCAUCAUCAGAUCUGGCUUCCAGUACAUGGAGUUUGCAACCCUGGCCCUAGAGACUGUAGAAGGUGAGACUGAACAACGCCUCCCCUGUUUGAUUAACUGCUUAAUCGUGUCAACAGUAAAAGUGUCUCUUUUUAAAUAUAUUUUUUUCUAAAACUUUCCAAAAAUGAUUGUCUAUUUCUUUUUUUAAUGAAACACAUUUUUACAAAUAUCAUGGAAAAGAGAACAAGAAAAGGACAUUUAGACUAAACAGAUUUUGGUGUCAGCCCUCAUUAUAAAAGAGCAAAGCAGAUUAAUUGUUAAAGUCAACAUACAGGUAAUACAACUCAGCAAAAGAGGCCAACUUUGAGGUGCAUCGCCACAGUUAGCCCCUUUGUCUCCCACUGGUAUUGAUAACCCAGAAGUGAAUAGAACCAGUUCAAACCAGUUCUCAGGGGACUGCUGUAAGAUUUAAAGUGUUUGACCAGAGUAGUAUUACAGGAGCCAGCAGGAAAAUUACAACACUUUUUCAAAAUGCACACUUGGAAGAGUUGUAAAGAAAGUAUAAUAGCUGCUUAAGUGUUUUAAAGGAAGCACUUGUUUUCACAGCUUUGUCUACAUAUGUCUUUGUCUUCUUCUAUAUAAUAUGACUGUGAUUGUACUCAUGAAGCCGUGUUUCUCUGUGUUUUUUUGUUUUGUAGAAAUAAUCGCCAAUGUGCUGAAAGAUGCCGAUCACCUUCAACAAACCUCUCAGAAGCUGAUGACAAACCAGUCUGAGGCCAGUAUGUUCUUCAACCAUGUCCUGGACAGUGCGAUGGAACUGAUUCUGAAGGUAUGAGGGUGGUAAUUUAUCUGACCAUUCAUCUCAUGGUGGUGUUCUCAAGUUACCAUGUCAGUUUACAUGUUUAAGAAUCUACAAAAUAAGAAACAAAACAGCAUUUAAAAUUAAAAUUAAAAUUAAAUGAAAACAAAAUAGAGGUCAUCCUUUUCGGACGCCCUGACCUGGUUCAGGUCCUUGCCAGCUCCCUUGGCUCACUGGCACCUUACAUAGGAUCCCAUGCCAGGAACCUUGGUUCUAUUAUUGAUGGGGAUUAAAAACUUGACAAACAGGUCAGCGCAGCUUUUUUCAGCUGAGGCUUCAAAGACAAAGUUAAAUGUAUUUAAGCCCGAAGGACCUUGAAAAAGUUAUCCAUGCUUUUACCACAUACUGUUUAGAUUAUUGUAACGCCCUGUAUGUUGGCAUUGGCAAAUCAGAGCUCAACUGUUUGUAGCUCAUUCAAAAUGCUGCAGCUCGUCUCCUAACUGGGACUAAGAAAUGGAAGCACAUAACUCCAGUCCUUUCCUCUCUUGGCUGGCUUCCUGCUAGGUACAGGAUCUAUUUUAAGAUUCUUUUAUUUGUUUUUAAGUCUCUGAAUGGGCGGGCCCCAGAACAUCUGUCUGACCUUAUUAAAUUGCGCAAGCCCUCCAGAGCCCUGAGGUCAGCUAAUCAGGUGGUUUUAGACAUUCCUCUGUCCUUUUUAAAAUCUGUCAUGGCUCCCACUUUGUGGAAUGCUUGCCUCCUGACAGUGCCUACUGCUUACAGCCUUUCCACUUUUAAAACACUUCUGAAGACGCACCUGUUCACUUUAGCCUUUGGGGAAGUAUAGUUACUUUUAUUGGGUCUUUUAUUUAUUUUCUAUGUUUAUCUUUAUUGUCUCUGGCUAUUUUACUGUAAAGCACUUGGGUAGGACACUGGCUGUUUUUAAAUCACCUAUUUAAAUAAAGCUGACAUUGACAUUGACAUUUAAUUGAGACUGUAGUUUGUUCUUUACAUUUAAAGCUUAAUUAUAAAGCAACAAUGUGAGAAUGAAUUAAAAAAAAACAUGUAUGUCAAGCAAUCUGCCCAAAGCCUAGAAGCAGAGAUAUCUUAUGAAACACCUGACAGUCAUUAUUUGACAUUAUUCACUCAUUAAUUAUUAUCCAUUCAUUAUGACCACUCCCUGUAUUUAAUGCUUUAGCUUCAGGGUAUGACAUGUUUAAGGAUUACCAGAGUUCCAUAUACAUGAUGAAGCUGUAAAAUCUCACCAGUCUGUACUUUGUCUCUCUUUCACCAGGCUAUAACAUCGGGGUCUUUAACAUGUGAGGAUGCUCUGGCUUCCUUCGAGUGGCUCUUACAGAUGGAGACCGUGCAGAUUGAGGUGUGGAAGUCAUUAAUCUGUCAGAGCAUCUCCAGCAUACAGCAGGCUUUACUGAUGGAAGUGAUGCCACUUGUUGAAUCGGUAAGGUUCUUAUUGAACAUUAAACUGUAAAAGUGAUAUGCUUCCUAACGCUGGGCUUCCGCUAAACAGUUUUCACAGUCCUAGACUGAAAACUGGAAGUCUUAAGUAAAUCUAGGAGUUUUACUGGACUCACAGCAGAAUCACAGCAUGCUCCCGUCAUCUUAAUCGUUAAGUUUAAGAUGGUAAUCUGCACUGUUUUAUAUCAGUCUUUUAUCAGUCUUGGAUUUUGGAUAAAAUCAAACAUGUUUGAUAUUAUUGCAUGUCGCAGUGACAUAACACAACCAACAACCAAUAGAUGAGCUCUGACAAAAGUGGAAAAGGAAACCUGACAGUCAAAGCAAUAAAAACAAGAAUGUAUGAAGAAUUACUGGCAAUUAAAAAAGGAGUGGAUAGUGGAGCUGUGGACAGAUUAGCCUUGCCUAUUCAACAUCAACUGCAAGGUUUCCCCAACAUGUAAUGGCGCACCGCCUCGGCUAAACAAAAGCCACGCGCUACCUCGGACUCAGUAUGUAUCAGUAUAUGCAGCACACACGGGCUGCACUGCAGGGUGUGCGUGCUGAGUAAUAAUUAGCGAGUUCUUAGUUGUCAUAUGCAAACACACAGCUGAUUAAUGAGACCCCACGCCCCCCUCACUCCCGAACCGUCAAAAAAUGCUAAAAGAAUGUUGUUGUAGACAGUCUCGUAAAUAGAGACCCUGCAAGACUGACAGUCUUUGCAAAUCCUCAGUCUGAGACUAGGCUGUGACUAAAAACUUGUCUUCAGAUGUGAGCAAGUGUAAGCUGAAAUCUUCUCAAAGCACUCUGGUGGAUAGCUGACCUAAGUCUCUUGUUAUAUAAAAAACACAAACAUUUCAAUCAAUCAAUCAAUCAACUUUAUUUCUAAAGCACAUUUAAAAGAACCACAAGGGUAGCUAAAGUGCUGUACAAUGACACAUAAAAACAAAUAAAACAAUCAAAGAACAUUUGACGAAUAUAGUUUAGAUUUAGGCUCAUACUUUGAGGAGCUCCCUGAAUGUGUGUUUUGAAAUAAAAGACUCAACAAAGACUCCCAAAAAAACACAUCUGUCCGUGAUUGGUUUGCAUUCAUAUAUACUAUAAUCAUCAUCAUAUCAGUUACUGGUUUGACCUUAACCCAGCCCUGUUCUCCCCUAAUUCCCUGUCCAUAGCUGUCUGUUUACAUGCAAAAAUCCACAAAAUAACAAGAGUUGUUAUUGAAGUUAUCCAAAAGUGCCCCUGUUUUUUUUCUAGCCCCUGUUUUGCUGGAUAAAGCUUUGUACUUUACUUGGAUCAAAAAUAGAUUCUUAGAUUUAAAGAGAAAACUUUAAGUUAAUAGGUCUUCAAAUAAGAUAAUUACGGUACCUUCAUUACAUCAUGUGUUUUGUAUUGUGUUUCCACAGGCAGAAGUCUUUAAUAGCACUGUGAUGAGCCAUGGAGAUGAAAAUGUGACGCUCCCCAUGGUUUUAUCUGCAUGGCAGAAGAUGUACAACAGCAGUCUGCAGAUUGUAAUGCUUGUGGACAGACUGGCCUUCGAUGUGGCAUACUGGACAGACUGGAUGCCUGACAACAUCACCUAUGAUGUGGUUGGGACACUUCAACAAAGGUCUGAAGAAUGUGUUGAUAGCAUAUUUGCAAGGCUUCAUUUUAGAGCAUUUUUAUGUUAUCUAUACCUGCUGUAGACCAAAACAAAUGACUGACUUGAAAUGUUAUAUUCUCUGUUAUAUUUUUGUGUUUAAGAGUCUGGAAGUCUUUGGGUAGAUUGUAGAGAAAUAGUCUUUGAAUAGUUAAAAUCCAAGCCAGGUCUUGUGAAUAUCUUUCCCACUUAGGAAAUUGACUUAAAGUUAAAUAUGGCUCUGCCGCCCUCCUGUAGUAAGUGACUGAAGUAAAAGGGAAAAAAACAUGUAUAUGUGAAUUAUUUUGACACACUUUGACAUUUUUGUGGUCAUUAUGUUUGUUUUUUUAUUUGCUGUGCAUAAUUUCACUCAAAAGUAUUUUCUCUUGUAUGUUGUAGUGUCAUCAGGUCUGUGGUGAAUUUGGGAGAAACGAUUGAAGACAGUGAUCUGUGGCCCGAGGUAAAGGACUACUUCCACAUUGUUGACUGGGUUUUGAACUACAGACCUGGUGUUGAAACUCCCCACAAUUGUGAGUACUACCCAAACUUUUUUUCAAUCAUUCACUUUGAUUUCAUACAGUUUUAUCCAGUAGUGCACUAAAAUAUUCAUGAUUAAAAUUCAACAAACUUGAUUUAUGUCACACUUUUCAAAAACAAGUUACAAAAUGCUCUGCAAGGGCAGCACAACAAAAUGACAAGACCAUAAUGUCAUGCACAGGCAAGAUCCAGAAAUAACAAAUUUUAAAAGACAUGACAAUCAUUGAAAGGGGAUCAGUUUCUAAAAAGUAUUUUGUUAAACAAUCAAAUGCAAAUUAAAAUUUAAACUUCAGCAACAAACAGCAGUGACAACAGCUGCAGCAUGCCACCAUUUUUUAAACAUCUCAAUAUCAAGGUAGAAAAAGCAAGGUGAAUUUUUACUGUUCAAACCAUAGACUGUAUAUACUAUGGACAACUUGGUUUCGCCUACCGCCUGUAUACGGAUUUGAAGCCAAAUAGCUCUCGGUAUCUCCGGGAUUUUUCUUCAUUUCCUGAAACCAGCACUGUGCAGUAGCGAUGCACGCAUUCGGCCGCGCAGUCGCAGAGAGUCACUGUGAUGACGCUCGGCUCAAACAGCGUAUCCCCUGGGAGAGCUACGCAAUCCCUGAACGCCCAUAGGCUGUAUCAGGUGUUAAUCAUAGCAAACAUGAACCCCCUAAUAACUUUUAAAAAUGGAGCUGUACAGAAAAAAAGAGGACUUGAGCACAAACCAGUCUUACAAUAACUACAUGUCAACAUUACAAGCAGGAGGGAGAAAAAAUUAUGUUCUGUGUAAUAAAUUUAUAAAGUUUGUCCACAGCCCCAUAAGCAUUGCUGGUGGAGGCGGGAUUUAUGACCUAUACUGCAGCCCAUCAACAGAGGGUGCUGUUCUCGGAGUGGCUUCACCCAGCAAGGAGGCAGACUCUGUCCAUUCUAUAUACAGUCUAUUGUUCAAACUCAUGCAGUCCGUGGAAAUCAAAAUAUCUUAAAAACUAAAUUACUGGAACCUCAAAAUUGACUUAGUGACUCAUGAAAAUUCUUAGAAUAAGGUUUUACUGACAGGCCAAUUGUGGUUUGAUUGAUAUCUGCCUCUCCCCACAUGGGCAGAUGUUAUUCCAGCUCUUAUGGUUGAAUUAAUCGUGAUUCUUGGCUUUAUUGAUGAAUUUUGAUCUUGCUGUAAUUUUCAUGAUUACUUCUCGUCUCCCUUCCCUAUUUUUACUUUUCGUUUCACUAUCCACAUUUCUGCCCUUUUCUAUUCUUUCUGUUUUGGCGUACUCUCUUUCACAUAUAUCUUAUCAGCUAAGUUAUGCAUAUAUGAAGGAAAUACAGGAUGGAAAGGAGGACUCAAGUAUUUCAGUCAUGUAUCAGGUUAUGAAUUUUAUGCCCUUUUUGAAAUCUGGUAACAAUUUUAUCCAUGGUAAAGACGGUAAAGACUCCAAUGGUCCCGGCAGGCUUAACAAACUUAAAUUUAGGUGACUUUUUGUAGUUAAUGUAUCUUUCAGUAAUGACAACAAUUAUCAAAAUUUAAACACUACUUUCCUUUGCAAUUUUUUUGAAGUCAUGAAAACCAAGUCAGCCUUAUCAAGUUUUAUGCAGCAUAUAUUUUCUUUCCUCUUAGGUUCUCUUGACAUCUCUGACUCAGCCAUCAAAUGUGACACAGAUUCUGGUUUCAAAUGGCCGCAGUUUGUUGCAGUAAUGGCUCAGGCUCUCCUUUCCCCAGACGAAGACUUUGUGAUAAAGUAAGUGCUUUUACUUUUUAUGUUUUAUGAAUGAUUUAGUAGUAAACUGUGGGUUAUUAUAUGUGUGUAGGACAAUAGUUUUUACCUUCAGAUUAAUAAGCACCUUUUGUCAGGUGGUGGUGUUGUUAAUUGGGCUCAGAACCAAUACCACCACGCCUCUCUAUUGAUAGUCAAUAGGCAUUCACUAAUUAGCUCUUGUUCCCCACUUAUUUUUUUACUUUUUUUGCCUUUUAUUCAGUUUUUUUUUCACUGAUAGAAAUUCGUGUAUUCACUUAAAGCAGAAAACAGCUUAUUUACAUCUGUGUGUUUGCUGUGCUGCCUGAAUCUGAUCUUUCUAUGUCAUGUAAAGUCAUCUAUUUAAAAAAAAAAAGUCUAAUUUUCCUCUCUUUCCUUUGCAGUUCCCUCAAAGGAGCCGUAAAUCUGCUGCAGCAUGUGUACAAGGACGUUGUAUUAUCUACCACUGGGUCACUUUUGAAAGAAAAUAUCAAAGGCGGUGAUGCACUCUCUAACUUUCUGAUUAACCUAAUGCAAAGCCUGCAGAGAUUUGUGAACAAAGUCUCCAUGCUUCCUGACGAAGACAUUGCCGACCCUGACACUAUUGAACCACUUGUCCAAAACCUGUUACAGUCCACUGGUCUGACAUCUCUGCUGCCUCUGUUCACCAACAAUGGUCCAGUUAAUGUCUCCACAGUGCUUCAUGUGGCCAUCAAGCUAAUCAGACACAACCAACACAUUUUUACCUUCAAUGAGACAGACCCCACCAUGCCUGAGCUGGAGAAAUUGAUCAUGCAGUUCCUCUCACUGAGGGGCAACCUCAGUGUGUCUCUCUCUAACACCAUAGGACACACUCUGCUUACCUACGCAGGCCACUUCAAUCCUGAUGCUGUGGACAAAGUCAGAGAAGCAAUCAGGCCUUUCACCAACCAGACCUCAGCAGGGAUUGUAGAAGCCAUCCUCAGAGCUAUGGAGCUUCUAAAUUCAGUAACAAAUACAGAUGGUGACCCAACCCAAGUCAUUCUUGGGUAUGUAAGUCAGAUUCAAAACUUCCUAACGUCUCUGUAUAGGCUGGGAAGUUUUCAGCAGCUCUUGUUACCAAAUGGAGACCUGAAUGCAACACAAUUCACUGACCUCCACCUCAUUUUCAAGGAGUUUUUCAACCUGCUCAGCCCUGCAGGCAUCCAGAGUCUGAUUCAAGCUGGACCAGAUGCUGCCCUCGACAGAGUUUUAAAAACACUCAUACCAUUCCUACCGAAGGCAGUUCAACAAGAUGCUGCUCGGUUUCUGCAGGAUUUCAAAGAUCUCCUGCAGCAUUUAACCAACUGUGCAGCAGGUCAGGAUUGCCUGGGUGACACUUCAGAAAUCUUCACGUUCCUGGAUGAAAUACUGGACUUGAUUCUUUCAGCCAAAGGUGAUGUCAGCAUCACAAUAGCUGCACCCAGCCCCUUUUCAAUGGGACAGGAUUAUGUUGACAUAGCAUCCAUAUUCCUUCCGCUCACGUUGUCCUCACAGGAUGCUGCCUAUGUGAAUACAUUCAAACAGGCCCUUCACUUUAUCGAUCUGGUCAUCACUACACCAAACAUCACCCUCUCUGCAGUCCAGUAUGCACUGCAACAGUCAAACCUCACUGUGGAAGAGCUCAAAAACCUGACGUCACUAUUUGGAGCUGUCAACAUUGAUGACCUAAAGGCAAAAAUAAUGGCUGUCACCAAUGCUCAAAGAUGUUUUCAACUCCAGCAUAACCAGAUGGUGACACCCCAGUGUGUUAUGGGAUUGAUCACUGGGGUCACUGGUGUCCUGGGUCAGCUCCCUGCUCUCAAAGAAGACACAGCAAUCCUCGACCUUGUCCAUUCAAUCAUCAAAUUGACAAUCAGUGAUGUCAUGGAGGUGGACUUCAUCUCCAGUCCUUUUGAAGCUGUCAUUCACACCCUGAACAGAACACUGGCCAAUAUUAGGGAAGUGCUCCAGCAAGGUCGACUAAUCACAACUGAGAUCAUGAAAGAAAUUCAAGUGCUGGAGGAACUGGUGCAACUAGCAGCCAACCCAGAGCCAUUCAUCAAGAUUCUCAAUGUCAACUUGACAGCAGAUCCAGCACUUGCGCAGAAAGUUUAUCUGGAGACAGUGCAAUGGUACUUAACCAGACUGGAAAAGAUCACAGAGGACAGCUCACUCUCAGAUUUUCUACAACCCUUUUUCCAACUACUAACUACUCAGGUAAAGGUGCAGCUAGCACACGCAGAUUUCACUGUAUUUUUGACCAAGCGGAUUGAGUACCUGACAAACAACCUCCAGACCCUAAUAGAUGGUCAGGGGUUAAGUGAAAUUGGCAAGACUGUCAUUGAGAUUGCCCAGGAGCUGAAAAAACUCAUCAAGGUAAACCUGGAGAUUCAAAGUCAGAUUCCAGGUUUCAAUCUCCUUGUUAAUGACACUGCUCUGGAUGCUGCUGGAGAACAAAUAGAUCUGUACCUUGACAUCGCACAGAACUGUUUUGAACUCCAGCAAGACCAAAUGCUGACACCCAAAUGUGUAAGUGGACUGGUCAGUGGGGUCACUGGUUUACUUAAACAGCUACCGAACCUCCAAAAUGAGUCAGCACUUGUCUCCCUCAUCCCAGGUGUUUUAAAUAAGACAAUCAAGGAAGUCAUGGAAAUGAACAUCAGCUCCAAUCCUCAUCAGGCUGUCAUUCACACCAUGAACAGAACCCUGGCCAACAUCAAGAUGACCCUCCAGAUGAACAAUGUGAAUUCACCAGGAAUCAUGAAAGAAAUUCAAGUGUUGGAGGAACUGGUGAAAUUAGCAGCCAACCCAGAUCCACUCAUCAAGAUAUUUAACACCACACUUGCUGCAAAUCCAGCACUUACUCAGAAAGUUUUUGUGGAGACAAUGCAGUGGUACCUAACCAGACUGGAAAAGAUCACAGAGGACAGCUCACUCUCAGAUACAUUCAAACCCCUUUUCCAAAUAAUGUCAAUGCUGCUGAAGAUGCAGCAGGCACAGGCAGAGUUCAGUGUAUUUUUGACCAAGCGGAUUGAGUACCUGACAAACAACAUCGAGGUCCCAAUAGAUGGAGAGGGGUUAAGCAAAAUUGGCCAAAUGGCAGUUGAGAUUGUCCACCGUCUAUUCAAAGUCAUUAAGAGAGACCUUGAGAUUCAGAACCACUUUGCAGGCUCUGAGAUGUUCAACACAACAGCUCUUCAUGCUGCUGAGCAACAAAUGAAGCUUUACCUUGACAUGAUUCAGAAGUGGAUGAAGCACCCCAAUGUGCCGUCAGUCCUUUCUAGCUUGUUGCAGUGGGGAAACAUCUCUAAUGCAUCCACCCCUUUUAAGGACCUCCACCACCUGUUGCAGACCAUGGUUCAUUUUUUCAAUGAUGAACAACUGGCCUACAUCUCCAUUGUCGGCAACAUCACCCAGUCAGUGAGUAAUGCUUUAAUGGCUGCAGAGCAACCAGGAGGACUUCAGAGUGAAAGCUUUCUUGCUUCUAUCUUGGAAGCAGUUGGAAGUAUGAUGAAGAUUCCGUCUCCAAUCUAUGGUCCCCUCUCACACCGUGUAGAGCAGAACAUCCAGGAAGUUGUGUAUUACUCACUUAAGCUCAUUGUCCAACCAGACAUGAGUUUCAGGUCCUCACGCUUAAUUUCCCUUAAAAUACUCAAGAGUGCUGAGAGUAUCAUCAAAGAUGUGUCACCGAAAAGUAUCACUGAGUACCUGCUCCCUGGAAUCAAAAUAAUAACCACAUAUUUCGAGAGCACCCUCACUGUUGAUGGACCAGAUGGCUGGAAUCAGCUGUGAGUGAUUUUCUUUUUUUUUUACAGAAAUUUUUAGAAAACCAAAUGAUACAUUUGUCAUGAAGUUAUGUUUUGCAGUUUAAAAGACCUAAUGUAAAAUCAGGCCAUUAAACAAAAAUGUAAAGUUAAUAAGAAAAAGUCAAACAAACGUUAUAAACAUGUUAAACAUCACCAGACAUCUUAUACAAUUUACUAAAUAUGGAAAUUUAAUAUGAAAUAGUAUUCAGAAUGAUCCACUCAAAACAAGUAAUCGCGAGUUUGAGGUCUUAGAUCGUCAUUGGUGGGUUAAAGGAAAGCUCCUUCUUUUUAAUGCUUUUGAGGGAUGCCUCUGAAAGUAGGUGAUCGACAGCAAGACAACCCUGCCCCAAAGGGUGGGCUCCAGACAAGCAAAACAAAGAAAAAGUCCAUGCUGACCACAUGGACAUUGCUAUUUGGUUAUCAAUGAGUGGAGUGUGCAGGAAUUUGCACUUUUUCAGGAGCUUCAGUUUCUUACCUUGAACAAACUUGUCUUUAGUUUAGAAAAUGUAUGUAUUCGGUUGUACAAUUAUGUCUUAUCUAAUAUAUAAAAUCUUUAUAAUACUUAUAUGUUAUUUAAAGGAGAUACUGUCAAUAGAUCCAUGCCACCCCUGCAUGAGUUAGACUCAGGGUCGUGCCACCGCAGUCGAUAAAUUCUGGACACACCCCUACCUUCUGCACAGGUUAAACAUGCAACAAAAAGAGUUAGCUACAGACUUGUAAAUAGAGCAGAUCAUUUAGUGUACCCUAACCCAUUUACUAUUGUUGGAGACCAAACCAGAACAAAAGAGGCAGGUAGACUGAAAGUCAUUUAAAGUUUAUUUAUUUAAAUCUGCUACAUUUGAUAGUGUGUGACCCUACACACUCUAAAUUAUGUCAGAAUUGAGUUAUUUUGAAAUUGUCUUUGUUAAAAAGAACAUUUUACGUCAAACCUUUUAUCUGUGUUGAAUGGUGGAAACUGCAGUCAAGGUUAUUCAAGGUGGUUUGAGUUGUAUAGUCCGACUGAUGUAAAAGAGUCACUCAGUAGAUAAACACCCAGAGCCUGCAUCCAAAUAUAUCAUUAAAUUAUCCAGACAGGGUUUUGAACAUUCUUACAAUGCUUUGACAACAUUCCAUGAGACAUGAUGACCUUUUGAUAAGACACGCCCAGAUCUAAAAUAUUGAUUUGUUUUGUUUCUUAAGAGUCCUGAAUGAGAUGAAGACAGUCCACAGUCUCCUGCCACCAGACAGCCCAGCACAUGCCUACGUUUCCAUCCUCAUUAACGUCACUCACUUCAUCCUGGAGUCUGGCCAAGGCAAGUCAGCUUCUUGGUAUCACAUGACCCACAUAGGAUACACGUGAAACCUGUUGAACCUCUACUGGAUGGCAGUCCAUUGUUCAUAUUUUAGAAAUGAAUUCAUUUAAGAAUUAACGCUAGACUUUUUAAGAGCUUGUGUACAAAGUAGGCCAGCAAAUCGGCUGGCUGUUUUUUGGUGUAAAAUGCUUCACUUCAAGAUUAAUUUUACAAAAACAACAUUUGAAAUUUCACAUCAAAAUCUAGGUCUAUGGUUUGACCAAUAUUUCUUGUGAUUUUAGGCAACAUGAGUCUCUGGGCAAUGUUUGAAAAUGCGUCAGAGGAAAAUGCUCCCAUGAUACUUGAAAAGGUAACACUCAAAAGACAAGGUCACUUACUUGACCUGAAAUUUCUUUCUUUCUUUCUUUUCUCUUUUUUUUUUCUUUUUCUUAAAUGUAGUCGAGUUUGGUUUCGUUUAGACAGAAAUGUAACAUCACAAAGGUGAGCAAAUGAGGCAUGACAUUACAUUCAAAAUAAAUACCAGCUCUGUUUUGCCAACGCCCUCUUUUUCAAACACACGUCUGCUGGUUAUGAGGGUAAGGGAAGACAAAGUCAUCUUUCUGACAGACAGCUAUUCAAAAUACAAAAAAAACAUGAUCUUUAUCUUUAUCUUGUUUGUGUGUCCUGCACCUCGUGUCUUGAUACUGCGGCAUUGAUCAAAGGACAUUUAAACACAACUAUGUUGUUGUUGUUGUUGUUGAGGACUUGAAUGAAGGUGUUGAAAUUAAACCUUUGUUUCUUAAUCUUCCCUCUUUGUAUUACAGAUGGGCAAACUCUUGACCAUUUUUUGGCCCCUGAUCAUGGACCCACACACAGGUCCUCCACCUCUUAAGGGCCUGGCUCACGUUGCUACAGUCCUGCAGCAGGUGAUCACUGGGAUGGCAGACAAAGACACAUGGCACAAGUAUGUUUCAUAAACACUUUGAAUGGAAACAAGCUGCUGACCUAUUUCUGCUUGGAUAGCCUCUUUUUUUCCCAUGAGGAGGUUGUAAAGUAAAGACUGGUUCAAUUCUAUGACUGUUCUUAACCAAAUAAUGUUUUUUACAGACUUGAGAAGAUAAUAGAAGCUCUUCUGUCAGUCCUCAAAGCAACAGGGCAGUGGGAACAUGUCCCACCUGUCAUCCCUCUGUUUGAGAAAAUUAUAGGAAGUGUCGUGAACAACAUGCAAGCAGAGAAUGGUGAGAACACUACUGACAAGAAUAAUACACAAGUUUAAUAAGGACCAGAGCAAAUUGUUUAGUGAUCUGAAUCUAAGUUCAUUUUAGGACAAAUAUUACAGACAGCCACUUUUAUAAUUCCACUUUUUAAAUUGAAAAUGUUUUAAUUGAAACUUCAAAUUAUGUUUUUUGAGAGACCCUCCAUACUCUUCAAACCUGUCUUUUCUCCCUUGCAGUGAUGAUACUUAGCCUCCAGAUGCCUGUGGUGACCCUGAUGAGAGAAAUCGUACACUCUGUGAACAGUAGUCAGUCUAACCUGACUGAGGCCUUGGAAAGAAUGCAAGUUGCCAUUGAAGACACGAUGCAAGCAGCUCAGCAGGUUAGACUGCCACUACUGAAACAACCCUUGUACAUUCCAUUACACUGUAUUCCAAUGUUUUUACAGUCAUUUGCUGAGAGAAAGAUGAGCAUGCUUGCAUGUCUGUGUAUGUAUGACAGAGAGAGAAAGAGUGAGGCAAUGAGGACAGUCAGUGAAUGACAGGCUCAUGCAUUGUUGCUAUUGACAAUGCACAUCUCUCAUCUUGGCGUCACAUCUUAUUGUUGGAUAGUUUCUAAUUGCUUGUCUGAUGAUAGAGCAGGGUGAAGACGUAAUGCUUCAGGUAUAAAGUCUGUUCCACCUACAUGCAAAGACAAUUGCAUGCUGAACUCUUUGACAGACAUUCUCAUACCAGGAGGACAAAAAUAACCCCCGGCAUCUCUGCUGAACACUGCACAUUGACAUUAUCAGAGUGAAGCUUUCCUGUGAGAUGGUUUGGAUUUGUCUCCUAAAUUAUUUAUGCCUCACCCAAAGGCAGAUAGUAGCCAAGUCAGUGGUGAGAAAUACUUUGUGUCUGGAAAACACUCAUUGAAUUCAACUUUAAUUACUACAAAACAGAAAGAAAUGAUCAGACAGAACUGAGAAAAUAAGCUGCAAUGCAAUACUUUGUUGCCCUCUUCUGGCAGUGAGUUUAAUUUCACAAACACUGUCAUUGCAAUAGCUAUUUUCCUAUCUUUCAGACAACAAUCCUCAACCUAAGUGAUGUAAAUGUAAUACCUACAUAGCUGACUCCAAAUAUGAGAGGAAAAACAAACCUUUUUAAGAGAAGUAAACAUACUUUAAGUACCCGUCUUCUCAGGGCCCUGCUGAGAGGAAAAGCUAAGUUAAUGUGCUUGUUCGUUUAGUCAUUUGCCUUUUAAUCUUGGAGUUUAAUCUUGCUCCUGUCGGGUUGCUUGUUUGACUAAACGAUCUGUCUUAAGUGUAUUUUCAUGUUAAUACAAGCUGAAAAAAAAAGCCACUAUCUGAUGGAACCCAGUCCAUAUCAGGAUAUCAGCAGGGUGUAUAAUGUGACACUAUUAAAAUGUUAUUCUUUGUCUUGAGUGAACCUGAAAGAGAUUUCCGAUAGGAGGAAAUUCUAUAGUUGACCUACUGUAUGUUCACAUACAUUGUAUGUCUGUACAGUUUGUGUGGGUGCACACCUGGUAUUGAAGCAUGUAAGCGGUGAUGAUACCUGUGUGAGACUUCUGCCCUUUUCUUCACUUGCCUGUUAACUGCAUGAACAGAGGGAUUAUGUUAAUUCCCAUGUGCCUCUGCCUUUUUUUUUCUCAUACUUUGUCUACUUCCUGCUGACUAACCUGUCUUCUUGGAACAGAGAGUAUGUAACCUGAGACCCAUGUCUUUUUUUAUUUUUCCCCUCCAGGCGAAUGGCUCAUUGGAGUGCAGUGAUGUUCUCAAACUAUGGGGUCCUGUAGGAGAGGCGGCAGGGUUAAGCAACUCCACCAUGGCUUUGUGGUGCAACAUCAACCUGCAGCCGGUUUUGGAAGCCUACACUGAGGCCCAGAUUGUCUUCAGCCACCUAAAUAUGAGUGUGAGUCGAUUCAUGCCAAAUUAAACAGGAAAUUUCAGACAAAUACAUCUGGUUGAAGGAUAUUACAUUCUUCUUUUGUUUAUCAGGCUGUACUAGAAUAUUAAAAUGUUUGCUCAAUAAUGGGUACUCACUCAAACUAAUUUACAGUUUAGCCACUUGGUGGCAGUGUUGACACACUGAGUGAGCCGUCAUAUUCCUAACUGUUCAUCUGUCUGUGUGUUGUACAGCACAUGGGUGUGGGAUCAAUGACGGUGGAUGCCACAGCUGCCAGGAUCGUCAGGACUUUACAGUCUCUAUACCAAGUCAGCAUUAACCGCACACUCGUGGCAGAGAAGCUUAUCAUGACUUUCUCGAACCACCUCAAUAUGCUGACAGGACAGCCUCUGAGCCCUGAGGCACAGCAUUACUGGUACAUGCAGCUCCAGGAUAUGCAACUUCAAAACAGGUGACUAUAUAAAAAAAAAACUUGUUUAUAUUAAUGCUUGCAUAGUUUGUUUGUUACUAAGGUUCUCUGCGCUCAUGACAAAAAAUAAAACCAAGAAUAUGAAUUUUUAAUUAAAAGGUCUCUUGGAUCCACACAAUUAUGCAAUGUUUUUUUUGAGUAUUAGAUCAAAUUUACCUUCAAGAGUUUUGUCCCUCACAGAAAAAUACUUGAUUUUGUUUCAUUGGCACAGCAGAAUGGAAAAGCAAAAGCUGUUUUCUAUUGUUCCACAGCCUCAUGAGGAGAAAUCAAUCACAGCUUUCUUUUGGUCCAAAAUGUUCACCAGUAGAGGCCUUGGUAGAUCAGACAGAUCAGACCACACUGAAGCCACAGGAUAUGAAGACAGGGCAAUGCUAUUACAAUACAGAAGCUUGGUCUGGUCACAUUUUGAAGGAUUUCAGCUGGCUGUCAGUGUUUUUCUCCUUAAUUUCAUCUCAUUUUCUUGGUAUUUAGUAGCAGACCAAUCACCACAGAUUCACCUAUACAUGAACUCAUCGCUCCAUUUGUUGUUACAACAUUAUCCACAUUGCAGCAGUGGGGCCAAUUUGAUUCCAACAUAAUUAUACAAGGCAUUGGAGUGAUCACAUUUGCAUCCCACUUGCCUAAUUUAAUGCCCCUUUGCCUGAAAACAGUGAGGCAUGCACAGAUAGCUGCUUAACCAUGAUUUAGCUAGCUGAGACAUCCUCUUAAAAUUGAUUUCCCUUUAUACACCAGCUACAAUAAUGAGCUGGGCACAGUGAUAAGGAUCCCAUUCUGCAUAUCGCAGGGAAUCAAUCAGGUCUGACUCCAUGAGUUAUAGAUCAUUGAUCACAGUGGAAAGACUGUGCAGUUUAUUAUGGAGGCUGAAAUGGGAAUCUAUGUGAACAAGUACAAAGCAGUAUGAUGGAGAAAUAUUACUUCUGGAAGAAAUGAGAGCCAUUGUAUUAGGGGAAUUAAUCAGAAGAAAGCUUCGCAUUGCAUGAAAGAAGUUGAUGAGAAAGUCGUUUUCUGAAGGAAGAGUUAAAGUUCUUCAAAUUAUCUUAAAAUAUUUUGGUUCAGUUCAGUUUGCAUUUCAAAUAAUGAUGUGUUUGUUUUUUAUUAACUUAUGUGAUAUUCUUUGUUUGUCUCCUCCGUACAGCUUAACUACACUCAACAUGCUAACAGACGAGCUGCUCAGUCUGGCCCCAUCCCUCCAGCCUUACGUCAAAGCUGUAGAAACAGCACUACAUUACAUUCUGUCAAACUACCAUGGAAUUCAAGAUGAGAGCUCAGCUGAGUACAUCUUUAAAGAAGCCAUUGGGAUCUUCCUCCACAAAGUAAACCUCACAUCAGCGGACUUCCUCUCCCUGCUGCAGGGCCACUCUUCUGCUCUUGACAAAGAGGCUCUGGUCCACACGAUGAGUCAAGCAGUCAAACAUCUAAUGAUCAUGUUUGAGGGUGUGCCCAUGGUUUACCAGGGCUUGGAGUAUUUUCUGACAUCCAAUGACACGAGGAUGAUAAUGGAGAAGGUGGCUGAGUUGGCUGUGUGGUUGGCCUCUGUGGAAGAGUAUGGAAUGGGUCAGCUGGAUCAGGCUUUGCUCGAAGUCUACCGCAUCCUCUCGUCUCUUGUGUCUGCUCUGACCGGGAUGGAUAUGGACAAGCCAGGUCCCAUGGGGUUGUUUGAAGAGCUUGCCUAUAACAUCGUAGCAAUGGUGAGACAGAUGGUGGCCACUAGUGGUAUUCUGGGCCCCAUGGAAUACCAUCAUGGCAUGUAUAAGCAUGAUAUGACAAGCCAAAACCACACAAAAGGGGUUCGACGCAAACGUGAGUAUCCAGUGAUUCCCAUGAGGAGCCCUUUAGAAGACUUCCUUGACCUGCUCUACAUUGACUAUCCAACCAUGUUCAAGGCCAUGUCAGCCCCCACCACCACAAGAGAGAUGAUGGAAACAGCCCACAUUUUCUUUGCAAAUCCGGAUCUUAAUGUUGUAAUGAAAGGAAUAACGAGUGACAUGGGGUGGUACUUGAACGCGUCUCGAGAAGACACCAUUGAUGCUGCAGUGGGGAUGCUCUCCUUCUUCACUCUCCCCAGCAUGUUUGAUGUGUAAGUCUCAGAUCAUACCUUAAGCAGAGAGAAAAAGUUUCCUUUUUCAUAUAUUUUUGCAGAUGUGUAAAUUGGUCCAACAAUCCAAAAAUAUAGCUUUGAACUCUUCCUUCUCUGCUGUGUUAAUCAACAGUUUAUUGCUCUGUCAGCCCCCUUGUUUCAUCAACAUUCUUUUUUGAAUCCUCUGCAGGUCAGCUAUGGAGCUCCUGAUGUACGCUGCAGAAAUGCUUCCUGAUGGUUUGCCGUUUGCCUCAGAUCUUCAGGAUAUCAGCAAAGCACUUGCCAGAGAAUCACAAGGUAACUCCUGACAAGUUCUUUCUUUGUCAGAGACCUCAUGGACCAGGAGAAGUCUUAUAAUGAGCGAUAUUUACUCCUUAUUUAAAGCAGGAUCCUAAAAUGAGAAAUGCUUUGUCCUCUCUUCAAGUUAAUUUCAGCUCCUGACCUCUCAGUCAUCUCCCUUCCACUCCUGCUUAGUCAUGCUCAUGCUAAACGUGAGCUUCACUGUACAACAACAACAAUCAAGCUUUACUGUAAACUGCCGUAGCACUCACAGUCAUGCAGCAGUUGGUGUUUACACAGCUACUGUCACAGUAUGGAUAUAUAAACACCGUCUGCCAGCAUGUGUGAUUUAACUGUGACCCAGUAUGCAAGAAUGGCAACCUUAUCUCUGACCUUCAUAGCUACUCAGAGACUAAGGGAAGACCGUAAAGCGUUAUGUUAAUGCUGUUGUUGUUGUAUACAUGAUUACAGCACAGCAUAAUUCAUUCUGGAGAUAUGAGAAAUAAGACUUCACAUCAGCUUAGCUUGAGCUCCCAAAGAGCCCAAGGCCAUAUGGCCCUUCUCCAGCAGAAAGCCACUCAGCACCUUUUUAAAUCUCAUUAGCAAAGUAGAAUUCAAUCACUUAUCCUGUCCGCCCUCGCUAAACGUCUCCCCUCGCGCUCACACAAGUGGACAUCUAUGACCCCUUUUUAAUUGGCAUCUGUGCUUGUGUGAUAAUGUUUUCGAUGCAUACAAUCACUUUGUAAGCAGCAGGGGCUUUACUCCCUCUCCAAAAAUUCCCCCUCUCAGAUUCUUCACACACACACACACAUCUGGAGAGAACAUUUGUAAUAGCAAAGGCCUGUAGGUGUUGAGCACCCUGAGAUUAAACAGCACCAUUGUCUAAUUUUGGCCUAAUUAAAUAUUCUGUCAUCUCGUCUUGCUGCCUGAGGUGGUGCCUUUCUUAGUGCUUGUCAAAUGUCUUUUAAUGCACGACAGCAUCUAGUACUGCCGGCCCUCCUGGCCCCAUCAGUCCUGCACAGGGCUUCACUUUAAGCACAUCAUUUGCUGCUCGCUGCCUGACGCCACCGCCGCCACGUAAUGGUGCGAAUUGUAAUGAAGCCCACUGGGACAUCAUGUUAUUCUGUCACCUAACAGACCUUAUUGCCCUCCUUUUCCUUUCCUGUGCAAUCCUCCCAUCUAACUCUAAUAACCUCUCUCUUUCUAACAUUUCCCCAUGGCUCACUCUCUCCUUUCUAACCCCUGUAGAAAACCUGCUCCUCAUGGAAAAGACCUUCCACACCGCUGCUGAGCUCCUCCAGAUUGGCAUGACAGACCCCAGCUUCAUCAAGCAACUGGAGCACCUGACUUCCAAGGUUUUUCAAAACAAUCUUGCCUUUCCUGCACAUUUAUUGUUCAAAAAAUGGGAAAAAAUAGUACCUGGAACUUUUGAAUUAACUGUCAGGGUUGAUUAAUUGUUGUAAAAGCAAAUUUUAAAUUAUAAUGAUUUCAUAUUACAACAACAUAGCCUUAAUGACCCACUCAGAUGCACUCUAUAAUUAUGACACUGUUUUUUUUUCUGUUAAGAACAGGUUGACCUAAUGUGUGGUAUUUUGCAUUUCUAUUGAAGUAAAUACAACAGAGUGUAGACAUUUAGAGGCAACAAAAAGAACAGCACUGCUAAUUAGGCUUGGGCCGAAAACACUUGACAGAGUUUUGAUUUGUUAUUUGAUUACUGCCAACAUCUGUUAUUUAGUUCACAUCACAAAUCAAAUGAAGUUCAUUGUUUACAGCCGCUCUUUGUUGCUUUGGUUUGUGCCUCGGAAACUCCUUGUUAUGUUCUUCGUGUGGCUGAUCUGUCUUAGGUGUGCGCGGUGGAGAAAACAAAGAGUGUGCGUGUGCUGAUGAGAGCCGUUGGUUUGGAGCCUGGCCAGCUGUGUGACACCUUCAUGCCGGCCCUGCAGAUAGUGGUUAAGACCCUUACGAUGAAUGUGACCACCCUGACUAAUGUGCUGUUUGAGAUGUUCAUUGGAAAUCCCCAAACCUACGAUGUCAAUUUCAGCUGGUACAGGACUGUCUUCUUUGUUACUGAGUUUUUAAGGAGUUCCACUCCUUCACCCCUCUUUCCUCUGAUCACUUUUUUAAUGAUUUCCCAAAUGUUAUCAUACAGCUCUAUGACAUCCCUUUUUCUAAAUUGAGCAGUGUCCUUUUGCAGUGUUUGGUUAGAUAAAGCUUCCCUGCAUUAAUUUAGGUGAAAAAUAUGAAAAGAUUGUUUUGUUUAAGUUUCUUUAUGAAGAUCUCUUUUCAUAUUUGAUUCCAGGACCUCGGUACUGAGUGAAGGUUUGAGCUUUAACAUCAGCGGUCUAAGCUCUCUCAACAUUAACAUCACUUCUCCAGGUGAGAGUUUCUCUACCGAAACAGACCAGUAGUCCUUUUCACCUUUAGCCAUGCUAAAAACUGUUGUUGUUUUUUUUAACUAGACAGGCACAAGCAACAAAAUAUAGUUUUAUUUAUUUUCAUCUCUUCAUGUAACCCACUUAGUGCUACAUUUUUUUAAUCUGGAAAAGUCCUAUAAAGUCUUGUUGAUUGAUUCAUUGAAGCAACCUUGCAAACAAAAUGAAGGUCAGCAAACAGCUGCAGCUGCUCAUCAUUUAAAUACAAUAAAGACAUACAAUAAAAACAGUCAUCUACAAAAUACCGCUUUAAAAAUGAAUAAAAUUGAAAAAAAACAUUCUACCUUUAUCAGAGGAGGACAUGACUAACUUGUUUGACAUCAAUAAACUGCAUGAUUCUUAUAAUGAAACAUAUACUUCCAACCAGGUCAUAUUUUUUUGUUUUAAUUUUUUUUUGUUUUUUCUUUAUUUCCCAGGAGCGGUGACGGUCGGUGAGAUGCUAAGGAAUAAAACAGCCUUUGUUGAGGAUGUACAAAGACACACAGAUUUUGAUCCCACUGCUCUCCAGCUGCUGAUGAAAUCGACUCUACCAAACAACAACUUAGUGGUAAGCCAGGAUCAUUCCUCCGCAUACAGCGUCAUAUUUACAAGCAAACCUGUAAUCACACUUUCAAUGAAUUUAAAGACAUGCUGUGGCUCUGCAAUCAUGCUACAAGAAACAUGACUAACCUGUCCCCCCAACACACUUUGUGUUGUUUCCCUAAAUGAAGAAGUAAAACCUGUCAUGUCCCACUCACAGCUGCAACAAUCUGUUUUACAUGAAAAUGCUGAACCUUUAGACACAGGACCUGACUUUUAAUGAUUGUUCUUGUUUCUGGCACACGUGACAUACCGGUUUGCAUUGACAGUGAUCUGUGGGUGGUUUAUUUAUCUCUAUAUACAGACACAUGCUGAGUGCAGCUACAUAUCUUUCCAUCACCUUCAACGAACAACAAGCUUGACGAUGUGUCAAAAAAGACAAUUAGCAUGUAGAUUGAACAGCUGCCGUUCAACAUACAAGAAUUUAAGAGGUGUUUGACUCAUGUGUUUGACAGAGCUGAGAGAUCAUGCAUAUUUUUACUUUUUUAAACCUCAAAACUGAUCUUAUCUGUUAAUUUCAAGUAAAUGUCAGUAAAUCUGAUACUCUGAGGAGUUGUACAGCCAGGAUAAACUAAAGUGGGGCUCCUGCGCAACUUUCUUUUUACAGUGAAGUCAGAAACCGGUGAACAGGGAAUCCUGUAAUGAAGUAAGAAAUGACGGCAUUUGGAGCAACCUUUGGACUAUAAUUAGUGCCGUACACAGAAAAAGGAGUCUUGGAUGGAAGCUUAUUACUUCUGUCCUUUUUUUUUUUUUUGGAAGGAUAGGAGAUUUUCGGACAAAAUGAGUUCUUAGAAAACAUGAACACCCCUCUGUGUUUUUGUUCCCAAUGUUCCCUGUUUAAGUUUUUUUAAUUCUUGUUAUGCUUUUAAAACAGAUCCUCUCCUGGUUGGUCAACUUGCGUCACUGCGACUCCAUAUCAUCUGCGCGCCUAGAGCAGGCCGAUGCCAUCAUCUUAAAGGUCUUCUGCAACAUGAGUGUUGCAGAUUGGUACAGCUUCUCAUUGCUGAUGGCUCACCACCUCAACACAGAGAAACUCAUCUACAGAGUAAGUCUGAAUUAACAUUGAUUUAUAGCAGAAAAUCAACCAGCUUCACUUUCUUCUGAAGGCCCCGUGUUUUUCUUUGUUUGGUUAAAAAAAGAUUUGUGAAUGUGAGUCUUUGAGAUUACAUUCUUCUGAAACAACUGGAUCGAAAAAGAAAUUGUUUUGUGGGCGGUUGUUCAACUGUUUGAUGGCACACUGUGUUUGUAUGAGGAACAUGUAAGUCAGAGGAAAAUAAAAGACUCUUUCAAGAAAGAAAAAACCCAACAAAAAACACUGUCAAUAAAUUAAGUGAGAAGUUCGUGAGACUGGUAGAGCGUGUUUCUGUUUAACCAAAACAUGUAACUAUUAUGAGAAAUGCAAACAACAUCACUAACUUUUAAAGAAUUGGUCUUAGCUCAAUGUUUACAAAUUCACCACCUCAGAAGAGACCCAAAUAUCUUAAGGGGGCAUAUUUAGGAUUUUCUCUUCUAGUGAUUAAUGAAACCAAAGUUUAGUGCUGCUGCUUAACUUAACUGCGAAAGUUUGUUGUUAAAUGAUCCAAAUUGAGACACAAGAACCCAGAAUAGACUGACUGCCUUCUGUUCUUCCCACCGUGUUUUUAUGUCUAAUCUAUACCUGCUUUAAUACUGACAGGCAGCUUUUCUCCCUGAAAUCCUGUCUUGUCUUCUUUUGUUGAUUCUCUGUAUCCUCCACCGUCCUCCACCCACUAUGGACAUGUUUUGCAGGGAGAUAAGAACAAAUGCCCUGGGCAGGCUAAAAAUUGAUAGGCUCUGAUUCUAGGACAGAGAGGAUGGACAUCCACACUGUAAAAAACAUGACUGAACACUUAAAAUAAAAAGUCGCUUUACACUUCAAAGUAAAACUGAGCCCACACAGGCUUCGCCAGUCAACUUGGAUAUUUAAUGUGAAUGACUCAUCAAAAGCUGAUGAAAGAGUUUGUUUCUCUUGUCGUAUGGUCUCUGAUCGACCUCCACUUGUAUAUUGCAGUUGUCCAAACUUUAACAUGCGCGAAUGGUUGCUCUGGUCUAAACUUCUACCCCUGUUUUCAUCCAUUUUACUCAACGCUGAAGAAGAACUGUAUGCAGCUGUUUUCCCUUCUAAACUGCAACAUAAAGUUAUACAUGGCAAGAAAUAUGAUCUCUGUAGAUAUUAACUGAAUUUAAAAAAAUGUCAUGUUCUUUCAGAUGGUGCUCUCUGAUGAAACGCAGUACAUGGUGGGAGUGAUGCUCCAGAUGGCUGAAGUUGUUAUCAACCUGAUGGACAAGAUUCUUCCUGCAGUCGAUCAUCUGCAAAGCUACAUGUCCUCCAUUGAAGAUGUUGACUUAAACAGCCAAUUUCCCCAUGUGUGUAUUGUGCUGCUGUCUAUUUAUAUAUUCUUCUGAAUAUUCUUAUGGUUUUGUGAUGACUUAAGUAGUACCUGGCUGGAGAUAAGAGGUAGACUCCCGGUUCAAAGGGAGGAUCUUCAGUUUUAUUACAUGACACUGUCAAAAUCAUAAAAUAUAAAAAGUUUCAAACCCUGUUUUUUUUUUCUUCCCUAGAAAACAAGAGUACAAAGGUCCACCCAAUCCAUCAAACCAUCAUUUGUCACCUUGUCCAGAGCGCUGUGCAGCAACGGCAUUGUAGCUCUGUUUGGACUCUCCAAACUCCCACUGUCAUCAGACAACUCAGACCCAUCCUCUCAAGACGACCUGAAAAGAGAGGAGAUGAUUGAAAGGUUCAAACUCCCAAGAAAUGCUUGUAAGUGAUGUGAACAGAUUUGUGAUUGUCUUUGUGCUUGCUCUUGUGUUUUUCCACUAGAUUUAUUUUUGUCACAAGAGAAAAUUAUCACAUAACGGCAGCUUUAUCUGUCAGGCUCAGAAAUGGUUUUCCUCUCUCUGUCUUCAUUCAGCUCCAUUCUGUAUGAACAUCUACCUCGACAUGGUCAACACCACCGGAGGAGCCAUCGCCUGGGCCUUCCUCAAACCGAUGCUAAUGGGGCAAAUUCUGUACACCCCCGACACACCUGCUACCAGGAACAUAAUGGAGAAGGUAUACAGUCCAUACAUCCUAACAUACACCAGAGUUUGUGUAGCCCUGCAUGCCUGGUUUGAGUGUACUGCUGCACACACAGACUUUAACAGGCAGACACAAAGAUCAUUCACAUGUUAUUGUCCUCGUCCAGUCCAAUGCCACCUUGCAUGAGCUUGCAAACCUGAGGAAGUACUCCAAAGAGUGGAUCGAAUCCUCUGGCUACAUCUUCCAGGCUGCAGAAAUACUCAGCCACACUUUGCCGAUGCUGCAGGUACAAAAACUCUGAGACUUUUUCCUUCUGUAUAUCCGAUUCUUUCUUUCUCUCGCUGGCUCACAGUCAUCCGAAAGUCUAGAUAAACUUUGCAGCGGUCUCUGACGAGUUUCAGCAGCUGAAUCAUGAUGUUGUGCGUCCUCUCUUCCACCCCCCCCUCCCCACCCAUCUCCUUUCAGAAUUCCCUGGGCAAUUCCUUUGUGAAGAAUUUCAUUGAGAUGCAGACAGACAUCAAUGUCGGCACAAUGAAGGAGACGCUCAGCAACUUCUGUGAGUGAGCGUUUGAAGGUCUUACUUUUGUAAGCUGCAGAAACCAGGCUUACCCUUCUAUUCCUCCCUUGCUUAUUGCCUGUAAAAUAACCACAUCAUCAGGAACUAGGACUGCUCCUCAGCUUUGAAGGAAGCCUUACACUCACUCCAGCAUUCAUUUCCCAGGGCGUCUCUUCCUGAUGUGAUUAUACGUGUCAUUCAUUUUAUCUACACAAGGUCUAACUUUAAUGUACAGCCACUAAAUGAGAUUACCUGGUAUUAUCUGACUUUAUUUUGAUCCCAGUUUAUUAAUAAUAGAACAAAGGAUGAGGCCAAAGACAUGACACAACAAAUCUGAUUAUUUUGUACUGAUUUACAUCCAUCAAAGCUAAACUGGCCUCACACUCUGUUCGCUCAUUUCCCAAAUGUAUUGAUUUGUUUUAUUUUUUUCCAAAGCUAACAUGACAAUGAUGCUGGACAAGAACAAACACAUGCUGGAUCAAAUCACAACCUUGUCCACCCUCAUGAUGAACCUCUCCUCUUGCAUUAAAUUUGACCGUUACCGUGGCUACGACUCAGAGGAGCAGCUUAAUGCUGAUGCACAGGACCUUGCCAAAAACCGGGAUCUCUAUGCAAGUGAGUAAAUAAAUGCCAUCACAGACAAACGUCACAUUUUUAGAUUGGCUGUUUCUUAACAGAAGGAUUUUGUGUGUGUUUCCUUUUCUUAAGUGAAACAGUGUCUUAUGAUAGAGACCAGAUCAAACCCAGUGUGUGUUUUCAUCAUAAAAGAAGUCUCCAGUCUAGUUUAUGAACCACUCAGGCUGUUCAUUUACUUUCACUCUGCAGUAAUCUGCUCUGUUCUCAGGACUUUCUCUCUGCAUGUGAGUUUGUGGGCAGGAUAACAACAAGGUUUGAUAAGUAUAGGCUCUUCCUGUAAUAGAGGUUGGCAGCUUCAAAGGCACAUUAAGCAUCCACCUCAUCAAACAGAUACUCAUUUACAUUUUUUUUAAUCUCCCGUGCUUCUUUUAAAGGGAUCUUCUGUGUUGAUAAUGAGUCAAAGUGAGGGCGCGUACUGGAGACCUGAUUUUGCAACAGUUUAUCUGGGGUGGCUUAAAAGUUAGUCCACUCUUUGAAUAUCUCCACUAAGUAUGAGCUGUAUGCAGUAAGAUGGUGCAAUCCUGUCUUUAAGGUGUCAUCUUCAAGCUUCCCAAAGACGGAGACUCAUCCAGGAAACGCAGAGCUGCCUCCUUCACAACCUCCCUGCCUCCCAAAGUCAGCUACACCAUCCGCAUGCACAUGGACAAUGUCAUGCGUACCGACAGAAUGAGGAAUCCCUUCUUCACAAAGGAGACGCACAUCUCUGCGAGUCAAACAAUGCGCUACAACCGAGGCUUUAUCUACCUGCAGGAGACCAUUGAUCGGGCAAUCAUUGCAACGCAGACUGGACAGACUGUGACCGAACCAGCUGUACAACUGCAGGCCUUCCCCUAUCCCUGCCACUUACGGGAUGAGUGAGUCCUAUGAACACAUGAGUGCACACACAAACAAGCGCACAGACAGACAGACAAACACGGAAUAAAUGUGCUCCCUAAUGUAUGCAUGCAUGGAAACUUUAUACAGGAUCUCUUAAGAGACUCAAAGGCAUUGAUGUGGAAUAAUGUAUGCUCUCUCAUUAUUCACUUGCCACUUGGGACUGACAGUAAGUAGUCAGUCACAGUAGCCUCUCACAUCAUAAUUGGUUCCACACCAUGUGCAUGAAUAUUCACGAUUAUUGUGCAUUCAUUUCAGAAGACCAUAUACAUGCAAACACUUGGAACACCCUUCAGGCCUCUAAUAAGGACCCCAGGAAGAGCACUACUCAUUCCUGCAGAGUAUAUCCAAUCCAACAGGGCUUUGGCAUUAACUUGUGCAUCGAUACGCCACAGUGUUUCCAAUAAAUCAUGCUUGAACUCAAUGCCUGUGUUUGUGCAUGCAUCUUACGACAACGCUGAUAUUUCAUCUGUGAAGCACCAACGGGCCCCGUCUCUAUCUGGCUGCCUUAAAGACCAACAGCAAGAUAUGAUGAUCCUCGCCCCUCUAUCCUCUUGAUUUAUUACUCAACAAUACAAAAGUCUGCCAUGAUAGCUGUGAAAUAUAGCUGUGUGGUAAGAGAAACAGCAAGUACUAAUUUACUUCCCAUCAAGCACUGGAUAUGAUAAGUUCAAAAAAUAAGAAAUGAAACAGAGACACGUUUUAUUUUAGUGUAAAUAAUGAGAGGAUCAAAGCACGCCUGUCAAAAAGCCUCCAACAGUCCACAGAUAUUGCUUUCCCGCUCUGCAUCUAUAUCUGACUGUCAAACCACUGACUGAAUGAUUGUCCUUUUCAUCUGCUGCUGUUGACAGUGAUUAGAUGUUAGGUGUUCAGUAAAUUUGACUGACAGUUGUUACUGCUGCUCUCCCCAGGUACCUGGAGGCCAUCUCUUUUGUCUUCCCACUGAUGCUGAUGGCAGCCUGGCUGCUGUUUGUGGCCAAUUUUGUGAAGAAACUGGUGCAUGAGAGAGAAUUGAGGCUGCAUGAGGUAAAUAAAAGCUUCUCUUGUACUUUUGCUUUGAAAACGGACUGUUUUGGCUCUCAAGAUGUGCUAAAAUGAUACCUAUUGUUUCUUAAAAAAACUCUCUGCCAUUGACAAAAACAGAGAUAUUUCUUUAGUAUUUGAGUGAUAUUUAAACAGGCCAACAGAGCAAAAAUCACAAACUGUUUUUUUUUUUUUUUUUCACAUUUGUGUGAAUUCCCAUCAUGUUAUGUUCUUACUUUUCUUUCAGUACAUGAAAAUGAUGGGAGUUAACCCGCUCAGCCACUUUCUCGCCUGGUUCCUGGAAUCUGCUGCCUUCCUGCUGGUGACCAUCAUCAUCCUCACACUGAUUAUGAAGUUUGGCGGUAUCCUGCCCCACAGCGAUGGCUUCAUCCUGUUCUUGUACCUGUGCAACUAUGGCUUGAGCAUCCUGGCCUUCAGCUACCUGGUCAGCUCCUUCUUCGACAAAACCUUCAUCGCUGGCUUGAGCGGCAGUCUUCUUUACAUCCUCUGCUUCUUCCCAUUCAUCAUCGUCAUGGCCAUAGAGAGGACACUCACUUUUUCACAGAAGAGCAUCCUGGUGAGAAGGCUUUGAAUCUUAUUUGUCAUAAGUUAGAUUUACCGUGUUCAUGUUAGCUAUGAUUUUGUAGUUUUUCGUGUGGAGACUGAAAGAGCCAAAAUAGGAUUUAUUCCUCCUGAAACUGACAGAUCGUAAAUGAUCCUGUUUUAUCAUAACAGAAACUCUGUAUAUUAAUGGACCACAUCUUCAUUUUCUAAUCAUAUUUUUUGUUCUGUUUUGGUAUUUGCUGUCUGGUCCUCAUAAAGUGGAGCCUAGGCGCUUCAAUUUUAUCUUGAGCACAGCGUACAUCCAAAGCCUUGUUUGCCUUGAACACAACACUCCACAUCACUGAGAGAAGGCUUUUGAAGUGCAUCACUUUAUACUGCACAAAGUUGUCUUUAGAAAAUAAAGAAGCUACACAGGGAAUCACAGACAGGCAUUAAUGUGAAAAAUGUGAAGAUGCUUCAUUUUGUUUUUCUGCUUUCUGUCUCUUAUUUUCUUACAGAGUUUGUUUUCGCCGUCCUGCUUCAGCUACGCCAGUCAGUACAUGUCUCGCUACGAAUCCCAAGGGGAAGGUAUGCACAAUAAGUCGACAUCUGAACUGCAUUAAGCAAAACCUCUUUGACAUUUAAGCUCUUUUAAGCUCGGUGAGACUUAAAACCUAACAUUUUCUCUCUGUAGGCAUUCAGUGGAGCAACUCGUACACCUCGCCCAUCUCUGGAGACACAGCUUCGUUCGGUUGGCUGAACUGGCUGAUGCUCAUCGACUCCAUCCUCUACUUCAUUGUUGGGGCUUACAUUCGCAUGGUCUUCCCAGGUAAAACGUGAAAUCACUGAAGUCUUAGAAAAGGUCAUAAUAUCUCUUAACACAAGAAAGCAUAAAUUAAAACGUUUAGAAAAAGAUUUCUAACUCUGCCAUAUUUGUUCCGGUCAUAUUUUUUCAUCUGUUGCUCUAUUUUCACUUAGUAAAAACCUUGAAAUUGCUUUUUGUUUAAAAGGUGCAACUUACCUUGCUCGUACAGAUCAUGCUAUCAUCAGCUUCUUGUAAAAACAAGUAACCCACAGCAAAGAAAAUAUAUACUCUGCAGCCCUCUUUUUUUGUGGUAAAUGAAAAAUCAUUUCUUUAACCCCCAGGAAAGUACGGCAUUCCUGCCCCGUGGUACUUCCCCUUCCAAAAGUCCUUCUGGGCCAACCUGUGCUGCUGUGUUAAGUCGAAUGAUAAGUCGAGCAGGGGACUCCUCUUCACCAACAUCAUGCAGAAAAACCUGCCUGUUUUCUCUGACGACAAGGGAAAAGGUACAGAGCAAAGAAAUGACAUGGCACUGUCUCACAGCAGAUAACAAUGAACAAUCCUGUCUCCUCCAGCAGUAGGUUUAGAGGCAGGAACAUGAUGUCUUCGCUCUCUGGGUCUCUUAUUUUCUUCGAACCCUGUCACCUCACUACUUUUAUAAGACUUGUCAUUCCUCAUUUAAUUCCUGUCCCUCAUUUGUUUGAUAAAGUGGCUCCCUGUUUCUAUUUUUCUUUCAGGCCAAAGUACACUGUCCUCUCAGGCUGGUGAAAAUUUCUCCCAUCUCCCAGUGGGUGUGAGCCUCCACGGUCUCAGCAAGAUGUAUGGGGACCGAGUAGCUAUUGAGAACCUUAAUGUUUCCUUCUAUGAGGGCCACGUCACCUCCCUGCUUGGUCAUAAUGGAGCCGGCAAGACCACAACCAUGUAUGUGGGACACUAUUUCCCUCUGUUUGCAUUGUAUCAGCAUGUCUUAAGACAGAGACAGAAAUCAUUCGGACUAUUCAUACACUGUAUGUGGUGUCUUUUAGAUUCGAUUUGUGCAUGCUUUUAAUCAGCUCAAAGGGCUUGCUGCUGACAGGGAGAUUGUUUUGUUAAAAUCUGGAGCAGCAUAAAAUGCACCGUGAUAGAGAUUAGCCUGACGGCUCUUCAUCAACCGGAGCACUUACAUUUACAUUUUAAAUGUGACUAAUUCUGCUGAUGCUCUUAUCCGGAGCUACACACAAUGAGAGCAGCAGCAGAAAAAGAUUCAGCUUAUAAAAUACCAAUCCUAGAAGGGAUUCUAUGUGUUAUUAUUAUGUUCCUGGGAACAAUAGCUCAUCACUCAAAAGGAAAGUGCAGUGGAGACUGCACUAAAAAACACAUAAUUGGACUCAAAGUAAAGGUAUUUUAAAGGUAGCAAUCAUGAACAAAACUAAUUGUAAAACUGUUUUACUAUUUAUUUUAUUAAUUUUCUAACUUUUCCCAGUCAUGAAACAAAACAUUAAGAGAAAAAAAAACACAUUUUUCUUCUCUAUUAGGGGUGUUGUUAGAUAAACUGUGAUUAAAUAAUCAGAUCUUUCAACCCAAGAUUGUCUCUCUGUUGAUUAUUCCUCAUGUUUUAGGUCUCUUCUGACUGGCCUUUAUUCUCCAACUUCUGGCUCAAUCGAAGUCUAUGGCAGAGACAUGCAGACCCACAUUGACGAUGUUCGCAAAGAGCUUGGAGUGUGCAUGCAAUAUGAUGUCCUCUUUGACCACAUGACCACCAAGGAGCACCUGCUGCUGUACGGCCAGAUCAAGGCCCCACAUUGGUCAGACAGGGAACUGCGAGAACAAGUUCGCACGUAAGUGCAGAGUGCAACAUCCUAUUCUGAAGUGUCUAGAAGACACCAUCUUAGGUGUAGCUUUAGCAAAUUAUUCAGCAAUGUCAGAUAAUGUUCCUCAGCCUAAAACUGCAAAGUAUCUGUGGAUUUCAACAAAUACAGUACAGAAAACAUGAAAAGAUCCAGAGAAAUGUGUGAAGAACCUGUUUGAAAGGACUUAAGUCAAGAACCAAUUCAGGAUGACUGUAAUCUGCUCUGGUGGCUCUGCAUUAGAAACAGACAUGACUCUGAAGUGGAAACCGCUGCAUUGCUUAGAGUGUAAACCAUUGUUUGUGAACACAGUUUGCUGCAUCCUCAAAGACCCCAUUUAAUAUGUAUGAAGGUAAAGGGGAAAUUGGUUUUACAAAUCUAUAUGACUUUUUUUUUUUAUCAUGGUCACUGAGGAACCACCUGGCUUAUUGGCAUAUUUCAGCAAGACAACACAAAAACACAAUUUGCUCAUAUUGCAUCGGUUUGGCUCUGAAGCAGAUGAGUCAAGGUGCUUAACAGUUGAGACCUGUGUCAGCCAAGAAUGAGACAACACCUCUCUUUUAAAAACUGGUCCCUAAGUUCUAACUUGAUUACAGAAAGAAGAAAAAGAAAGACCCCAUUCCAACUGUUUGGAAAUGUGUUAUUUUUAUCAAAUCUUAAAUAAGCAUAAAACAAAAUUUUCUUCAGUUGUAAAGUUUAUAUUUUGUCUUUGCAAUAUUUCUAAUGACAUAUGUAGUUUCAUUGACAUGCAAACCAUCUGUUUUAUGAACAUUUUUCACAGUUUCCCCAUUUUUGAGGGGGAUUUGAGUUUAAUGUUGUCACAGACAUAAUAUUCUACAGUCACACUUUUUAUAAAAUCAGCCACAUUUAGGUCACUACAAGCCAUUUGAGAUACUUAUAAUGCAGGUUGAGAAGACUAUUAUACUCUGAGCAUUAAGGAAAGUGGGGAACAACCUUUUUCCUUUGUUCCAAACUCACAUUUCCUAUUAAAAAUUCAGGGUAUCUUUCUGUUAGGCUCUGUUAAGCAAGCAAUGGGAAAGUCAUUUUUUUAUUCGGUGGCAUCAUUAAACUAUGGGCUGAACCUGGAGUUGCGUCAGGAGACUAUUUCUGGAGCCUUUUUACAUGACAAAAGUUGCAGUAAUAAGUCUGAACCCGAGGGCAAGACACUGCACCUCUCUGCUGGUUCCUGUUUUUUCUUCUGAACCCCUGCUGGGUCGAUGAUGGAACUGUAACUCAGAAACAUGACUGUAAUACACAGAGAAAGCAUGUUAACACAAGCGCUAUGUUAAAUGCUUUUCAAUGGCUACCCCACCAGGAUCCUGGAGGAAACAGGCAUGUACGCUCACAGACAUAAACGGGUGGGCACCCUGUCAGGCGGCAUGAAGCGCAAGCUGUCAAUCUCCAUCGCCUUCAUCGGGGGCUCUCGCUUGGUGGUGCUGGAUGAACCCACCACAGGAGUCGAUCCCUGCUCCAGGCGCGCCAUCUGGGAUAUUGUUAUCCAGCACAAGAAAAGUGAGUCUCUCUCAUUCACACAUACACACACACUCAAGCAUAAUCUUUGUUUCAACAGCUUACCUCUGAACUCUAAGCUACACCUACUGCGCUUGUUAUUAUUACCUUUUAAGGCUGCUAUGACUCCAUGGUACAGGUAACUAUUAACCUACACUCUACCUUCGCUUGUCACUACAUUGAACUGUGAUAUGAGAGGAGACAAAGCAGAAAUAUAGCACACAAAAUCAAUGAUAAAACAGAGUAUUCUCUCAGUUUGUGUCAUCUUGUAUCCUGCAGGGCUUGGUACUUUGCCUUACUUUCUUUUGUUUUUAUUCUGAUGCCUUCCCUGGCCUUAUUAUCGUUCUUUGGCAUGGUGCCCUACAUUUUUUACACCAGUUGUAUCCAAUAAUUUAUCUCAAUAAGUCCUGAAUCACAACUCACUGGACUCCCAGCACACUGCCUUGCUGGAUCAAAGACUGUGGAUCUGUAAAAACAGCCCUUGACGACCGAGCACUGAGAAAAUUAAGAAUCUGAUAUUUGGUCCAGGUCAUAUUUCCAACAGCAAUAUUAGCACACACCUCUACUUUCUGUCUUUGGCCACAAAAAAACAACUUAAACCAGACAAAAGUCUCGGGGGUUAAAAAUGUUACUAAAUUGGGUUGACCAUACGUCCUCUUUGACUCAGACAUGUCCUGGACGGCUGUCCAGCCUGUCCGGGGGGAGUUUACAAAUUUCUUCAAAUGUCUGGGGUUUUGUAUGGAAGCCCGUUUACGCCAGUGCAAAAAAAAAAAAAAAAAGAUUAAAUGAUGCCUUUUUUUGUCUCUUUCUUGUAAAAAAAAAAAACAGAAAAAGGACGACAUAUUAUCUCUUUUUUUAUGUCACUGGCAGAAAUGGGCUUCCAUAGUUUUGAGUUUGUGUUGUGUUUACUUUAUCCUCGCAUCACAGACCAUUGUAUUUACUAUACAUGUUCAAUGGUUCAUUUGGAAAGACACUCUGAAAGGGAGAGUUCCAUGCUGAACCCCAGAACGUGUAUUCAUUCACUAUAAAACAGUGCAGCGCAACACUAAUUUCAUGCUGCUCUGCCCCUUCGUUCAACUGUCUGCCAGUGAACCCUCAAAAUUUCCCCCAUGUAGUAGUGUCCUCUUUUUGGGGAUUCAGAAUAUGGUCACCCUGACGAAAUAUGACGAAAAAUAAAGCAAGAAUUUUGCCCCCACCCCACCAAAAAAAGAAAUGCAGGCUGAGCAACUUACCUUUCUUUUCACCAACCCAACUCUCGAUCUGUUGGUCAGUUCCAGUUGUACACAUAGACUGUAUAUACUAUGGACAACUUGGUUCCGCCUCCCACCCGUAUACGGAUUUGAAGCCAAAAAGCUCUCGAUAAUUCUGAGUUUUUUCUUCAUUUCCUGAAAUCAGCAUUAGGCUGUAGUGUUGCGUGCAUUCGGCGUGAGAGUCGCUGUGACGACGCUCGGCUCAAACAACGUACCCCAUGGGUGAGCUACGCAAUCCCUGAACGCCAAUAAGCUGUAUCAGGUGUAAAUCAAAGAAAACAUGAACCCCCUAAUAACUUUUAAAAACGGAGCUUCACAGAAAAAAAAUGACUUGAGCACGAACCAGUCUUACUGUAACUACACAUCAACACCGCAAGCAGGCGGGAGAAAAAUUUAGGUUCUGUGUAAUAAAUUUCCAAAGUUUGUCCACAGCUCCAUAAGCUUUGCUGGUGGAGGUGGGAUUUAUGACCUAUACUGCAGCCCAUCAACAGAGGGUGCUGUUCUCGGAGUGGCUUCAUCCAGCGAGGAGGCAGACGGCCUCGAUUCUAUAUAUACAGUCUAUGGUUGUAUGUUAUUGGAUUUGGAGAUAAACAUCUGGAUAUGUAUAUUUUAGAUCCUGUAUGGUUCGUCCGGCUCGUAUUCCUGGUCCUGUACCUCCUACUUCUGCAUCAAAACCCUUAAAUAGAUCUGUGUGAAAGUUUUCCCAGUUCAAGCCUAAAACUCAAAGGCGUCUUCUUCUCCAGUAGCAGAUUAAGCUAGCUGAGCCCGUGUAACAUUUAUAAGAGCUUUUUAAAACCAUCCGUAGUGGCUGUAAACUUUAUAACGUCUCACUCCAGUGGCUUUAUUUUGUUCUCUAUAUUCUGUUUUAUUUCUGUGUAUGAGCCUCCUGCUGUGUUUGAUAGCACCGUGUUUUACCUUUAGUGAAGCACCUUCUAACUCUGGUUUUUAAAUUUGGUUUAGAAAUACAGUUUACCUACACCUUAGAUAACACUGAGGCAGUUGGAGAAAUUAAAAGAUAUUUGUGCAAUGGUUUUUCCACAAAGAUCAACACUAGUAUUUCACUGAAGCACAAUAAAUAUAGUUAAUCACAUUACAUUAUAUUAAUCCUGCCAGGCAUGGCUGCCAAUGAAGAAAAGAAACCUAUAAAAUCUAAUCCUUGCACAUAAAUACUGAUAUUCACAUAUAGCACAGACAAAACAAGCUCUUAUUUUGUGCCUCCUCCUGAUAAAGCCUCCUCUUUUCUGUUUCCUGGGAGAGAAAGGAGUGGAGGAGCAGGAGAGAGCAGCCAACCUGCAGACGACCCCGGAAGGCUUUUCCCUGCUCCAGCUUCAGACUUUAAAUUUAGCAUAUAAUUAAUCUAAAAGGAUUGCAGAAGUCUUUCUUCUUUGGGCUCUUUUAGUUUAGAUGCAGUAAUGGCAGAGAGGCUGCUAAACGUCAUGUAAUUGUAGAUGUGAAAAACAUCCUGAGUAAUUGGCCCUGUUUCCUGAUGUGAGUGGGAUUUUGAUGCUCGAGGGAGUCUUAUUCAAAAUAAACUUUCUGCAUCACUUGCUGUUUGUGUGCCUGUUUCUCUGAUGAUUGGAGGAAGUGUGUGACACUGGGAUUGUUAUGCCUGCCUUUUGGUUGUUUAUUUGGAUGUGCUACAUUAAAAGGCAAAUAUGUUCUCUCUAAAACAGAAAAAAAAAAAAAAAAAAAAUAUGCUGUGAGGUAUUCAAAUAUAGCUCUGUGUUCUUUCACCUAUGUAAGCCUUCGAAUUCCCACAAAGCUGCUCUGAUUAACAUGUCUGGUUGAGUGCUUCAUAUCCAAAUAUAUGACUUGUGUAUGAUCCACGUGUCCUCACAGAUCGCACCAUCAUUAUGUCCACGCACCACCUAGACGAGGCCGAAGUUCUGAGUGACCGCAUCACCUUCCUAGAGAGAGGAGGAUUAAAAUGCUGCGGAUCCCCUUUUUACCUGAAGGACAAGCUGGGCCAAGGCUACAGACUCACUCUAACCAAGAAGGUACAAGAGGGCCCUCAGAGGCAUCCAGCUGCUAUUCUCAGCAGAAGCACACAAAAAGAUUGUGUUGCUCACAACGAACACAGAAUUAAUGUGAAAAUCUCACGGCUUCUUUAAACCUCAUUCCAGACUAAAACCUCCACUUCUAUCUUGAUUACUCUUGGUUCCUGUUUUAACAUUGUGAAGUUAGUAAAUAUUGCAUGGACUCUUCCCCUUUGAGUGAGAACAUAUGAGCACAUCUCUGCAGCUUUUUUUAGAGAUCCCAUUAACGGUGUGUGCAGCUAGAGCACAAAUGAUACGCUAUUUUCCACAGAAUGAUAUUGCACAGAAGCUGACUAUUUAAAAAUCCCCAAAGCACAACAGUACCCUAUCUGUAAGAUGUUAAACCAUAUUAUGGUCAGUAUUAAUUAACUUAAAAAAGCACAUCUCAAAAUUGGAGUUACAGCAUGCUUUACAGCAGCAAAGAAAAACAAACAUGCAGGUUCGGAAAUUAAAAUACCAAAUGUAGUUUAAUACUUUAAAGCAAUUUGUGAAAUAUUGUUAUGUCCUGAUGGGCUAGGGGUAUUCAGGACUAACAAAAACAGCAAUUAAAAACCAGGUAAGGAUGGAAAAAAAGAGAAUGGCAGGAAUAGACAAUAACUCAAGUAAUUUAAUAAGGAAACUCAAGGGCAGCACUACCACAAUUUAAAAAAUAAAUAAAUAUAUACUAUCCUCACAGACCUAAGGACGAUAUAAUUGUUUACAACAAAAAGUGAUCAUCUCAAAAACAGCAUGACUGAUUAAGAACAGAUGACCGACACAAAACUCACCAACAAGGCUUAACUCAGUAUAAACUAAGGGAGAAAUAAAGAGAUGCCACACGGUCUAACUCAAGGAGAAAUCACUUUUCAGUCACUAUUGGAAUCACACUAUCAGGCUACUGCUGCUCCACUGCAGAACAUCACACGGGUGAGAGAGAGAGAGUGAGCUGCAUGUCCUCUGCUCCCUUUAUUGCAGCAACUGCAGGUGAUGGGCAUCCUGCAGUUAGAGAGUGAAGCACACCCACAGACACUCUCAUACAGACACUCUCACACAGACACAUCUACACAGGUACAUCCUCACUUUCACAUGCAGACAUCCACACAGAUACUCACACACUCACUCUUAGACACUCACACAUAUAUACAUAACAAAUAUAUGUUCAUUGUGCUCAAAAUGACAGAACCUUCAUAAUGUAAAAGAAUCAAGGUAAAAUCAAGGCUUACAGGGUUUUGUUUGAGGUAUUUGAGUAGACUGUAUGUCAAAUAAAUGACAAACAGAUAGUUUGAUGGGACAUCAGCAGGUCUCUGACAGUUUUUUGUACUCCUGUUUGAUACAGCUGUAGAUCUUUUUUAUUGUUAGUAAAAAAACAACUUUAACCUGGGCACCUUUCUUUUCAUUGGUUCCCUUAUGGACUCACACCUGUACCUCCCUGCUCUUGAUACACAAAGUUGCUCACCCUGCCACACCCCCCUAUAUAAAUGACAGUGUAUGAGAGUGGAUAUGUAAUAUGAAACAAAACACUUCAGUGCAUUAACAGGACUUGCCCCGUUGACCUGCAGGGCAUUUGUUAGAUCCACAUAUAACCGACAUGGUUACUUUUGAUUUCAAACUCUCUCCUUGUGUUGGGAAGAAGGAGUAGCCUCAAUAAAUUGAGUGAUUAAGGGCAAAAUAAAUGUGAAUUUUUUCCUUAAGAUAGGAGCUCUCUGUCAACAGUCUACAGGUCAGAACUCAUAGAUAUGUACAGACUAGAUGAUAUUUAUUUUCCUUUGGAAACAUAUAUAAAUAAAAUGUAUGUGCUGGAUUGUGAAAUGUGAAAAACUUCAUAGGGGGGCUAAUAAUUUUGACCACAACUGUAUAAUUGAUGUGCUGGAAACGCUGUUGCAACAUCUCACUCACAGUUAUAAUAUGGGUUUAAUUUAAGGCUCCUUCACCCAGACUAGAUUCAUGAGUAACAGUGUUAGAGUCGGCUUCAGAUAAACUGAAAAACUGCUGAAUGAGCAAAACAUGACACAGACAAUGCUCUGCUCAGUGCUUUAAACCAGCGUAUGCUUUUCACUAGAUUUUGCUUCAAUCUAAGAUUCUGUUAUACUUGACUGAAUUAAAGAGAAAUUUCGUAUCCCACAUGCCACUUAAAGAUUGAUGUCAAACCUCAGCUCUCCUUGGGUGUGCCAUGUUUGGGUCUAUUUUUACAUUUAUUUAAGUCUGAAUCAAACCCCACAUCCAUUAAGUGGUCAGUCGUUUAAACAGCCCUGAGGCAACCCUCCAACAGAAUGUCUUACAAGUUCUCCAAUUUUAUUUCAUCCUUAACUGUGCACUCAGAUGACUUGUUACUUAUUUGGACAAUACAUUAUUUAGAAAGCAGCACCAACAUUUUAAAACUCUCAGCAUGUCUACCCAGCAGGCGUUUCAGCUGCGGGUUUUCCAGUCAUUUGUCUCACGCGCACCAGCUGCCCACACAGGCUGCAUAAUGGCUCAUACUCUACAUGCACAAGAGCCACAUGAGUGAAUUUCUCUUGAAAAAAAACUUGAGUAUAUAAAAGUAGUAAACUAAUCAUGGCUUGAAUAAAUGGAUGAUGCUAGAGAGGUCAGAAUGCUUCAGCAUACUUGCCCCAGAAAUCCCAAAGGGUUUUAGUUUUUCAAAUGAAUCUGUGGAAACUUUGAAGCAGAGUGUGCCGUAACAUAAACUCUGCUUGUUUGUUUCCAGAUUCAGAGCUUAGAAGCAGAGCAGAUUGACAACGCUGAGCUGAAAGCUUUCAUCCAAGCCCAUGUACCUGAAGCCAGACUUAGAGAGGCUCAGGGGGGUGACCUGGUCUACUCAUUGCCUCCCUUCAACUCAUCCAAUGCCUCUUCAUACCGCUCCCUCUUGACCGCACUGGACUCAAACCUGGACGCCCUGCAGCUCGGAGGAUAUGGUGUCUCUGACACCACUCUGGAGGAGGUAAACACUCAUAUACCUACUCGCAAGAAAACAUGGCUGCACUGCAGUGACAAUGCAAGAAAAAAACACCAUUUCUUAGUAGAUAUGACUUUUUUAAAAAUUAUAUUUACAUGUGCUCACAAUUAUUCUUUCUGUGUAGGUGUUCCUCCAAUUAGCUCAUGAAAACACUGAGCUUGGGCCUGAGCACAGCCUCCCAUCUAUCUCAGAGACGGUUUCUGACACCGCAUCCAUCGACAGCUUCCCAUCAGACCUUAAUGGAAGUAUCCACCGCUUCAGUGACAACAUCAGUAAGUCAGCUCAAUUUUACUCUCUCAAAACUGAUCUAGUGACAUCUUUGCCUUUAUUAGAUGGGACAACUAAAGAGAGAAAAGCCAUUGUUGGGGGGAAGGAUUAGGAAUGUCAUGCAGUAUAAGGCUAAAGUUGAAAUCAUACCCACAGCUGUUGAUGCCAGAACCCAAACCUCUGUUUUGAGGCACAUUGCUGAGAUAAACCAUCACUUUCUUUCCCUCUUUUGUGUCCAUCCUUAUUCUCUACAUGCCUUGUUUCUUUUCUCUGUCACCAACAAGUAACAACUAACACAAAUGAAGACAUGGAGUUUGAUAGUUUAACACUGUUAAACUGAAAGAAGCUGCAUCUCAAAACCUAAUAUGUUUAAUUUGAUGUAAUUCGGCCAGUAGCACUUUUGUAACAACUUUUGAUGUUAAUCAAGAGUUGACCUUCUAUUCUAGAUUCACAAGUUUCCUUCUCAGCCCCCAAAUGGUAGAAAAAGGCAGCUUGUAUGACCCACUUCCAACAAACUGUACAACUGGAACACUCAUCUUGAUGGAUUGCUUUGCCAUCUCUUGUGAUUCAGUCUCCACCAGAUCCUUUCUUACAGUACAGUGCGCCUGAGAAAGAAAAGCAGGCAUCAACAAAACAGUGUAAAAGUGAGCUUUGUCAAGAUCCUGUUUCCUUUGUGUUGUAGAGCUGACCGGUUCGACCAUGGUGCGUGGUAUGGCGCUGGCCUGGCAGCAGGUGGCAGCUGUGCUGACCAAGAGGUUCCACCACAGCCGCAGAGACCUGAAAGGCCUGAUUGCUCAGAUCCUGCUGCCUGUCUUGUUUAUGGUGUUUGCCAUGGGCCUGAGUUCCAUCAGGAACGACCUGCAGCACUUUCCUGAGCUCAAGCUCAGCCCGGACCUUUACAAGUUUGACGCAAGCUACUCCUUCUUCAGGUCAGUUCUUGUGGCAAAGGGAAUACAAAGGAGCACUUAGGAGAGAGCACACAGGAGUUAACUGAGCUAAUCAGGGUGCCCUUUCACUGAGCAUGGUUUAGAUGCUUUACACUUUUGUUCCAAUUUGUUUGGCCAGAAGGAUGCCUGGUACUCUGCUGGCAACAAAUAACCACAGCAAGAUGCCUGAAAAGUCUGGGAAACAUUUCUCAUUGUCUCAGUGUUCAAACUUUGAGAAUUUCGGCAAAGUAAAAAAAAAAACCAACAGAUUGCAAUGCAGAGCUCAUCUCAAGUGUUGUUGCUAACAUACAAAACUGGAUAUACCUUUAUCAUGGAAACACUGCUGCUUGUCUCUGACUGAUAUGCAUGUCAGCUGUCUGCAUCACUUUUUAAGAGACGGUAUGUCAUACUUGUUCUUAAAUGGAUGUGAUACAGUAGUUUGUUGAAGGGCAGACAGACCUCGAGGAGACAGGGCAAGGGAGAGUGUAAGGGAAGGAGAUGAUUGUGAUGAAGACAGCUGAGAUGCUUAGAUCAAAGUGAGAGGGAUCGAGGAUGUCAGGAGGUUGCGAGAUGUCUUCAUUCCUGAAAAGUCUUGUUGUUUGAUCAAGGGAGUGUGGAGCAAGGGAGGAAAGGCUGAUGCGUCGAUCCAUAUCAAAGAGAGAGCGGGCGCUGUCUCCCGUCCUCUUGAAAUACAAAAACACAUUGAUUAUUUAUUCAUUUUUAACGUCUAGGGUUGAGCAUGGUCAUAGUUAAAGGAUGAGACUCUAAAAUUACAUUAUUCCUCACAUUUUAUUUCCUUUUUCAAAAUUUCCUGGAGAGACAAUUCAGUUUGAAUAACUUGAUUUUUUUUAGCCAGGCUUACAUUUAAAUGCAGGGUAAUUCUCAGAUGAAAGAAAUCCACUUAAUAACUCCACAAAUCAAGUGUCCCUGUUUCCGCUUUAUCUAUCUGGCCCUUUGCAGUAAUGAUGCUUUAUUGGAAUCACUGACUGGGCUUCCUGUGGUUGCUUUAUUGACAAAGCCCCGCUUCAGUAAAUAGCUCUUAAAGCAGCUUAUCUACUUUUAAAUCUUUGGUAAAUGCCGGCAGUAAGAUCUAAUUCUUUAUAAAGAAAAAAAAAAAAAAAAACAGCCAAGGUGCAUUAGAUCUUAGAUCUGUCAUGAUUAAGUAUACUGUAUCUUUCAGUUUGCAAAUGAGACAACCUUUUUUUUUUUGUUUUUUUUUUGUAUGUUUUAACUGAUGAUGAUCACCUUUGAGGAUGAAAUUGUUUGUCUCCACAGUAACUCCAAUCCCAACUCAGAGAAGCUGCUGAACACUAUGAUGUCAUUCCCUGGGAUGGAUAACUCCUGCCUGGACAAGCCCAAUAACCCGUACGUACUCAUGCCUCAAAUGGCAGGUGCUUUGCCCUGAAAAUGACUAACUUUGUCAGUGGUACUCGGCCAUUUUUCUCUUUGUGUUCUGUCCUUUUCUGCCUGUACAGUGUUUUUUUAGAUUCCCACUCAUUGUCAUUCUUUUCAUGCCUCCCCUUUCACCUUGUUUCAUUUUACUAGCCUGACUCCCUUCAAUUCCUGCUGCUCUCUGUCUCUUUCUUUCUAUUCUCUCUUUCUCUCUCAUGUCCCUCCUCUCUAUUUUCCUGCUGCUCAGCUCAACCUAUGUGGCUGAAAGCCUACAGCAGGACUCUGCCAUGUGAGAGCAUCAUUUGUAUUCCAUAAACACUCUGUGUUUAUUGGCGAGAUUUUCCCCUUACAGGCACUCAAAUCAAUGUUGGCACUCAUGAACCAGACCUCUGAGGCUUUUUAAAAUUCUCAGCAAAAAAAGAAAGAAAUAAGUAGAGAGGGGGUAGGAAAUGUGCCGUGGUGCAAAAAGGCUGCAUCUUUUGCUCACUAUGUUCUUAAAUCACGGCUACAUGACAACGACUGAAAGCUAGUAAGAGCUGCAUCUAUCAUCUAGCUCUAGAUUUCUAUAGCAAAUAAACAGCUCUCCCCCCUGACUCUGGCCUGUUUUGUUGACCAACAGGUGUAUAUCUGAGUUUGCAAGUGUUCAAAGAUCUAUAGUCUUUUUCUGUACUAUGUCCCAUUUGGCAGAAAACAAAAUGUGGGGGAGUUGGAUUUCAACCCACACGAGAAAAUCUCACUCAGAACGACUUUGGAGAAAAAAAUUUACACAGCUUUGAAAACUGCUUCAAACUGAUAUCAGAGGACAUAUUUAGGUCCUGAUCUCACCAAAAUCCUGUGAGCUCACACAGCUGCUGCAUGAAUGAUUGCAGACAGUUGCAGUGAUGGAGGCCAUCAUAUCAAUUCAGUUUCAGAUAUGUUUUGGGAUGUGUCUGGGGAUAGUCUUGAGGCAUUAUCACGCACUCCAGACUCCCAUCACUCCACUGAGCCACCAUUUCACUCUGUGAAUGUUUCAUUUAAGGGUCUGCUCAAGAACUGCAGAUCUCUGGAGAUCCAGUGGGAACAGCUCCAAAGCAUUUAGCACCUGUAAAUGCACCGGCCAGGAACAGGUGAGACCAGGUCACUGUGUAUGUAUGUGUGUGUAUGUGUGUAAGUAAGUGAGUUUUUAUGUUCUCAUCCAUCUAUGGUACAAUGUAUCUGCCUGUGCUUUAAGUGUGUGAUUAGUUGAAAAUGUACAAGUGUAAUGUAUUUGUCUAUACUCUGUUUUCUGCAGGUUUGUGAAACCUACAACAAUGAGCCCCCCCACAAAAGCAUCUCUUCAUCCCAAAUAGUGUACAACCUCAGUGGCAUCAAUGUGGAGGACUACCUGUUGGCCACAACAAAUGACUUCAUCAGAAACAGGUGAAUGUGACAAAGGGGGUUUUUUUUGUUGUUGUUGUUGUUGAUGUAGCCAGAGGGAAAUGAAACUAUGAUGGACUGACAGGUCACCGUGAGAAACAGUGAUUGUAUGAAAAAAAGAGUAUGUGGCAAAGAUCCCAGAAAACCAAAGAUGUUCAAUCACAAUAUGCCCAAUUCUAUGUGAGGAUUUCAUUAUUGUAUAUUGUUUUGGUUGGUUUAGAUUGGAAAAAAACAGUUUUUAGAUAAUAUCAUACAGCUCUAUGAACUCACAGUAAACUACUGACCCAAACAAACACAGCGGCAAUUCUCCUUUUUUCUCCUAAAGUCUUUGAAAUCCUAGAUUUUUAGUCAAGUUGGGAGCUUUAAAUAUUCAACUGGCAGUCUUACUUUUGAGAGGAAAGCAGUUUUCACACAAAGCAAAGAUUAGCUGGAGUCUGAUUGGCUGUUCAUUGCCCAAAUUGCAGAAAUCUAAAAGCUUAGUUUCUCCUGUCACUCUGCACAAAACAAAAAGGCUUCUAGUCAGUCGUGUUUGGCGUACUUUAAAUGGGCUGGGAUACUUUUACCAAAAUUGCUUCCCAUCUUCAGGAGGACAAGACUGAUUUUCAGAGAAAGGAGCAGUUUGAAGACUAAGAGUGUGACGUCUUUGUUUUGACUAAUAUGUUUGUUGUUUUCAGGUAUGGAGGCUUUGCUUUUGGCAUGCCACUCCCACCUGACUUGCAAUUGGACAUAAAAGCUGUGCCCAAAAACCGCACUCUGGCUAAGGUAAUUUGUCUCUUCUUCUCCUUCAGUGCUGCCUUUCUCAUUAUGACUUCAAUCGCUGUGCUGAUGAGUUAGAGAAAGUAAAAAUAUGACGUCCUUGUUAAAGUUGUUUGUCUUGCAGAUGGAGCUACUUUGUUACACCAUCAGUGUUAUCAUAAAUACGCUUUACUGCAGCUAUUAUGCCACGGUUAAAGUGUGUAAAUUUCCUCAGAUGGUGACGACUGCUUUUAUUGUACCUAUAAAGCUUGAGUUUCAGGUAUUGCAAAGUAUGCAGCAAGAGGGAGAAGACUUACACAUCUCGAUGUAUAGUAGUGUGUGUGGGGUGGUUGCUGUGUCUCUCAGUGUUUGUUUGUGGCUCGCUUUAGGUCUGGUUCAACCCUGAGGGCCAUCACACAAUGCCAGCAUACUUGAACAGCAUCAACAACUUCAUCCUACGCUCCAAUCUCCCAGCAGACAAGGAUCCACGUAAAUAUGGUAAGCUGGAGUUAGAGAUGGAAAUAAUGUUGCAUGUAAAACUAAAAACUUGACAACUUAAGAGUUCACUCUCACUGAACAGAAUUUCUGCAGAUGCAAGACAGCGAUGCCUUCGAUGGCGGCUCUCAGUUUGUUUCUAUUAACUCCUAUAUUUUUCAAGAUUUUAAUGCUUCUAGAAACGCCUGUACACAUAUUAUCUAUGGUGAAAUAGUUCUUUAGUCAUGCAGACACACAAGACUCCCUUGUUAUUGCAAAAAAUAAGCAGAGGAAAUGAGACAUGACUUGUAUUGUGCAGGAGGGAUGCACACAUCAGCAUCAGGCAAAUCUAUCUACUUAGCAAGGUGCUUCUGAUUGAACGCUUAGUGCAUUUUGUAUGCUAAAUAUAAAGAGAGCUGUAAACAGUGUGUUUACUCAUGCUUCAUUUCACUGGAUUAAAGCCAGGGGGUGCUGUGUGUCCUUAGACUCACAUCACAAUGCAUUGUGAAUACUGAUGAGUGCCGCUCAUUGGGGAGCCAUGCUGAAGAGAAUGAGGCUGGCCCACGUUUUCAGUACUGUUUCAGCUCUGAGCAUUACCCUGACCAUCUGCCUGCUGGCGCUUGCAUGCAAAUUUACACACACACUUAUGAGGAAAUGCUCAUAAAAACACUCAGUGCAUGCACAGAUAUAUACACACACAUGCAUAUAGGCAUAUUUGUUCCCCACUGCGUGGUAAGAGCACUCAAAGGUGGAAUAUAAUCCUUUCAGUGUUAGCGUCCAGGGAGAUUACCUUCAUGGUGAUUAUUUGUGUGUCAAAUGUGAAGCCCUGACUCUUAUUGUCUACUUUAAAACCAUCUCAUGAUGGGAACUAUUUAGAUGUCAACAGUUCUGUUAUUUCAGAAUUUGGCCAUGACUUUCUUGUACCAAAUCUUGUGCUACCACUCUCUGGUCCAGUAUCUGCCUUUUGAUUGUGUUAAUACCCCACUGCUCUCAUGUUCUGCAAUAAAAGUUUGCCUUUCUCAUACCCUUCAGAAAAUCUACUCAUUUGUUUGAUGGCCAGCCUUUAGAAGAGGUGGUCUAAACAUUCCCAGCUUUCCAUUCCCACUCCCAGCUUUUCUGAUGUGACAUUUUGUCAGGUCCUGUAGCCCUAUGUAAUCAGACGAGUCAAAAAUAUACACAUUGUUUACUUGUGGCUCCUGAUAGGACUUUUUAACUGGUUUUAAAACAGGCUGAGAUUAAUAAUGAUGCCUCCUUAUGAACUAUAGAAGCAAGCAAGAAGACCAUCAGCAAGAAGAUACAUAAUUCCUAUGCAGUAGCUUUGCAUGCCCACAACUGCCUCCAAAGAGUAAUGCAUGAUGUACAGCACUCUGACAGAAGAGACCAUAGACUGUAUAUAGAAUUGACACCGUCUGCCUCCUCACUGGGUGAAGCCACCCCCAGAACAGCACCCUCUGGUGACGGGCUGUAGUAUAGGUCAUUAAUCCCACCUCCAGCAAUCCCUAUGGAGCUGUGGACAAACUUUAGAAAUUUAUUACACAGAAUAUCAAUUUUUCUCCCCCCUGGUUGUGAUGUUGACAUGUAGUUACUUUAAGACUGGUUUGUGCUAAAGUCCUCUUUUUUUCUGUGCAGCUCCAUUUUUAAAAGUUAUUAGGGGGUUCAUAUUUUCUAUGAUUGACACUUGAUACAGCCUAUGGACGUACAAAGAUUGCGUAGCUCACCUGGGGUACACUGUUUGAGCUGAGCGUCAUCACAGCGACUCUCCUACUGCACAAGUGGUGGUUCCAGGAAGUGGAGAAAAUCCUGGAAAUACCAAGAGCAAUUCAGCUUCAAAUUUGUAUUAUGACGGAAGGCGGAACCAAGUUGUCCAUAGUAUUUACAAUCUAUGGAACAGACUCUUUUUACAUUCCCAGCAUUGAAAACUUGGGUGAUUGGUUUGCAAAGAGAAAAGAAAAUGGCUGUUUGUUGGGUUUUGGUGUUUAGGUCAAGGCAAUAGUGUCACAAACCAAGAGCACAAAUAGAUUAGUUGAUGAAACCGUCAUCCCCACUGAGCCUCUGCACUGCACGGGCUGCUGUGGUUUGGGUGAACCCCACGGUCUCCUGUCUCAGGAAAUGUAAGCUGAAGCAUGCUGGUGGAAUAGUUCAUGUCUCUGAGCAUGGAGGAGACCCUGGAAAAAUGAUAAGGAAAAUUCAAUCACCCUUUGUGUGCUCCCGCAAACCAAAUCAACCUGCCAUAUAUUUUUCAAUCAAGUGCCUUCCAAGCAUGCAGAGUAUCAUUGCUCAUUUGCUCCCUGCUCUGGAAUAAAGCCUGCAUCCUGCUUUGCUGCUUUGUAAUGCUUUGAAUUGCUAACAUAAUUCUCUGUGUCUUUCUAUUACAGCCAUCUCAGUCUCCAGUCAUCCCUACUUUGGCCGGGUGGAUGAUGAAGAUACGGUGUAAGGACUGCACUUAACAUCCUUUUUUCUUUGAAACCUAUUUUCUUUACUCAACAAUAUCAUCAGCUGCACCUCUAAUAUGAAGGCUACAGUUAGCUCUCUAAUCUCUGUGUGGAGGGGGAACAGAAUUAGCCGAGUCCUAAUGAAUAUUAUUGGCAGUUAUUUGGCUGAUCCUGAGAUGAAAUGCAUAGGCAUCCUACUUUUCAAUUCAAGACAUCAAAGUCAGGGUGGACUGAGGGCAGGGAGGUACAUGACAGCAGUAUUUACCCAUAUUUGAUUUUCUAAAUGGAUUUCCCUGAGCUUGCACUAUUGAUCACCGUCCCGAUAUAAUGAGUGUUUACCCUGAAGGUGGCACGGAGGUGGAUUGAUUCUACCCCACUCCCCAAAAUGAGUCUAUAUAUAAAAUACUGCACAUUCUGCUUUAGAGACCCAGGCUAUGGACUGUGUAUGCUUGUGUGCAUGCUUGAGGAUUUGCAGUGAGGUGUGUUUCAGGGCAUCAAAUCAAAUAAAUCCUUCCUAGACCGGGGUUGAGUGAAGGCCGUGACCUCAUAAAGGUCCCUCCUCCUCUGACCUUAUUAGCAUUAAACAUUUCACUGGCCAUUUCCCUGUGUUUGCUGCCCUUUUGUUGCUCUACACAGUCUAUAAUGCUGCACAUGCCUCGCAUGGAUUUACCCCUAUAUUCUAAGAUACCUUAGCUGUUAGCUCGCUGAGGUGCUGUAGUAGCUGCAAACGCACAAUUACCCUUCCUGCUUUGGUUUUACUUUGCCUCCUGACUAGAUGAAUUGAUUUUCUCUGAGCUACGUCAAAGAUACAACAGGCUUAUAACUCCAAAUGUCUUGAUUCUUACAGUGUGGUUGCUUGGCUCAUGGGAAAUGUUCGAAUGCUAUCUUGGCCGAACUGAUAACAAGCCUGCUCAAUAGCUUCUGCUGCUGCUGCUGGCUAUUCUCUGUAGUUAGUACUGGCCUCGGACGCCCACCACAUGUCACUCUUUGCUGCUCUCUCUCCUUCCAACCUGGUCAAUCUGCCAGCUUUAGCUUCAGUCUCUUUUUCAGCCUUGUGCUGCCUAUUUGUGAAAAGUAGAGUGUAAGAACAGGUGAUCACAUGCAUGAAGUUUAAGUGAGCCCACUGGAUCGAUGUGUCACCAAGGGAUCAAACCUUAAGUAUCUAUAUAUUGGCUGACUGAUUACUGACUGAUUACACAGCAAAAUUAGUGUGAAGUUUGUCAGUGCACAAAACCAUCUGUUUUUUUUUGUUCAGUUUUUAUUGUGUCAGAGGCAGUGCACAAGUAUUGCUUUAACAGAGCUGUUUGUUAUUAAUGGGAUUCAAAUUACAGUGAGCCACUUCAGUAGUUCAAAUGAGUCAGUUCCCAGCAGGGAAAGAUAUGAUAGUUGGAGGGCUUUGAAAUUGGCUGUUGUUUUUCAAGAAGAAAUACUACAGGUAACUCUGUAACUCUGUACACUGGAGGAUAGUGUCUGUGCAAUUUGUUUCCCUUGAAUCUAAAUCUGUACAGUUUAGUCACUGCAGUUUUAACACAGAGUGAGCUGUAAAGGGAAACAAGGGUGCAACAGAAACUUAACAACACAAGACCAGACUAAUAAUUAAUGCUGUCACAGCCAUCUAAGUAACAAAGGAUCUUCUCUUACAGUGUCCAGGGAAUGCUUCAGAUUCUGGUGGCCAUGUGCGUGUUGACUGGUUUCUCCAUCACCACAGCCAGCUUUGCCAUCUAUGUGGUCAAUGAGCACCACAGCGGCUCCAAGAGGCUGCAGCACAUUGCUGGCAUCAGUGAACCCUUCUACUGGGCCAUAAACUUCUUCUAUGACAUGGUAACAUUUCUAAAUAGUAUUUUUUUACUAUGUUCAGUAAAGUGACACUCUCAUGAGUUGAAAUUCAUGCUUUCAUUGUGCGGUUUUGAGGAGGAGAAACAAAUGCAACAUGUUUCUGUUUUGUAAAGUUCAUCAGAUUUCAUAGAAGACAGAAAGUAUCUUUAUCAGCUUCAAUGAAAAAGAAUAAGAAAACAGCUUCUUUCAAUUUAAGGGCACACCAUCAUGUUUUUGCAUCAUGUCCCACAGGUCGUCUUUAUAAUUCCUGUGGCUCUGACUGUUGCUGUGAUCGCAGCCUUCCAGGUUCCAGCCUUUACAGAUCGGCAGAAUUUGGGUGCUGUGGCUCUGCUGCUGGUGCUCUUUGGGUGAGUAAAGUGGCUUUCACAGAGCAUAUGUGAUAAAGAUGUCAUUUUACCUGCUGCAUAGAAACUCAUUUUGUAACUGAUUGACCUUCCCUCAUCACAUAUCAAGGUGGAGAUAAAACCUCAAGGAUAACUUUGCUUUUAAAGAAUUCUGUUUUUAUAUAAAGAAUGUAUUUCCUUCUGGUUUAAUUUUGUUCUCAACUCACAAAACUACCAGGUCAUCAAUAUUUAUCUCCUAAACUUCAGACACAGUUGGAGCGUGUAGUGAGUGCUGUGCUCUGAACAGUCAAUCAAACAGAACUUGAUUUGGCUACUUCUAAAUGUCUCUAUAAUCUGGUCAUCCCCCCUAAAAAACCUUUUUUCAUAACAAUCUGAGCUGCAGAAGAAGAUGACCACACUAUAUUGUCAGUGAUGCAUUUUUGUGUAGCAAACAGUAGCAAUACUCAAACUCGUGGUUUCAUAAGCUUCGAGGAAGGAAAAUGAUUGAACAGCAUGAAUUGUGCAAAUUAUAUCAGUCCCAACAGGUUUUGUGUUAGCUUAAGUUUCGGGAUUGUCAGUAUCAGAUAAACUGGUUUUAGCAUUGAGAGAGCAGUGGGAGUUUUUUUUCAAGCUAAAUUCUUGGCACCAUGAGACAGAAAAACCUGAAUGUGUCAUUAGGAGACAAAGACAGUGAGGCAGCUUCGUCAAAGCCAGGUGUUUGUUUUUACUGUGCUGACUGCUCUGAUCAGUUAUGAGAACAUUACUGGUUUUAAAAAAGACCACUUGCUGUCAGAUGGAUUUAAGCAGUGUGGCCACAGUUACUUUUAAAAAGUAAUUUAAUUUCGGAUUACUCCUAACUUAGUUACUUUGCUGAUUACUGAUUUUAAGAGUAACUUAGUUAGAUAACAAGUCACUUUUUAAAUUACAUUCAGCAGCCUCAACAUAUAAAUGACAACCAUUUUAACCACCUUAUAUUGUUUUCUUCAGCUGACACAAAGUCAAAAUAAUGGCUGUAUUUCCAGCGUAAGAACGCGCAUCUCUCUCCUCCUUCCGUUGUUGUUUAUGUUUGUUUUGCUGCAGCUGCUGUAUGUGUAUGUACAUGGAUUACAUGUGAAUGGUCCUCGUGCUGAAAACUGGACUUGUCACCUAUGUGACUGCGACACUCCCUCCAGAUGAAAACGCAUUUAUCUUUUUUUUAAGGAAAAUGAGAAAAAAGUAACACACACAAUAACUUGGACCUGUAACUUAAAUCUAAUUACUGGUUUGGAAAUGGCAACACGUAGAUUACUCAUUACUGAAAAAAGUGGACUUAUUAGAGUAGCGCGUUACUAAGCAACAGGUUACUGGCAUCACUGGGUUUUAGUGAUUGGCAUGGCAGUUCUUUUAGAUGUACUGAAUCAUGAGAAUUAGUUCACUAAAAAGAUUUGUUCAAAAGAUUUGUUCAUUGAAUCACCGAAUCAUUCAGUGCUUGGUGGGAGGAGCCUGUGACUCUGAUCUCCUGAACUGAUACACAGCUGAGCAGUUCAGGUUUCAGUUCAGUUCAUGGCUUCUGGGACCGGAGACGAGUGUUUGGCUGUGUUGCUUUGACAAACAGGUUUGUAAAAAAGAACUUGUUAAUAAGUCAUGUUUUAAGUGUACUGUCCUGUGGUAUGCUAUUUAUCAGGUCUGCUCAGUAAAUUGGGCUCAAUGAGUGAUUCGUUCACUGAACGUUUAGAAGAAUUCAAACUGAACAUGCACCAUUCCCUCGCAAACCGCUGCAAUGAUAGGAUGCUGUGGGUUUUAUGCACUACUUGUAACAUGCUGUGUCCUAUUGUGUGCAAAUUGUUGUAGAGGUAAUUUAGCAGUAAAAAAUAUAAAAAGUUAGUCUUGUCCGACAAAAAUGAUUUCAGUGAGUAAGUCAAUUGCGUGAUUCCUUUACCAAGUGAUUCAGGCGUCGGUGCAUGUGGUCCCUCGUUUAUCGGCUUCUCGCCUGGCAAUGCUGCAUGCUAUAGCAUCUGCCCUGCUGACAGUUCAACUGAAUUGAGAAAUAAACAAAUCACUCGAGGAAGUGAUUUGGUUCAGUACAUUCACUUAAAAGAUUCGGUUCUUUUGAACGAGUCAUUUUUACCUGUUUGUUGAAAUUUUGUUCUGUGGCAGUAUGAUACUCCCUGCGCAUGCCCCAGAUAUCUGAGGAGGAUUUAAAGGCCAAACAGUGGAGCUCCUCCGGUUGUUAUUGUCAAUAACCCGGCCGUGUGUUUCAUGCAGAGGAUUUUUGAUCAAUUAAGCUCAUUCUCACAAACACACUGUGUUUUCCAGCCUCUGCUGCUCUCAGUGUGUGUGUGCCACCAGGUACAGCACAGAGCAUACGGAGGCUUCUGCUCUUCAAACACAAACACUGCUCAAUUUUUCAGAAUUUCUCACUCAGACAGAUGGUGGUAAGGACUGAAAGGCUGUUUGAAAAAUCACUAUCAACAUGUUUAUCUGAUGCAAGCCAAAGAUGUUCAAGAGAUGAGGAUCAGGAAGCAACAGGACUUAAGGCAAAAACAGUUUGACUCAGUGUGAGAAGGACUAACACACUGUUGUCCCCAGGUGCCAGGGUUUUUCAAUCAAUCCGCUAGUUUAAAAAAACGGUUGUCUUUUCAAAGGUGUUAAGCCAACUGCAUACUGUGUUUCCCACACCUGGAUUAUUGAGAUUACUUACAUCAUCCAGCAACUGUAGCUGAACCUGUGCCUUCUGUUUUUGGUGUUGUCGUCACAGGCGUCGUCCUGAGCCCCAGAUCUUAGCAGGCCAAGUCAGCACUCUGCCUCUCAUUUAUCAGACAGAUGUCUCCCUCCCAAGCAAUGAAUAAUCACAGUGCUCCAUCUGUCAGGCGGCACCCACCUGGCCUGGUCUGCUUCUGUUCCUUGUCAUAGCUUGGCACCCUCAGUCUGCCUACCCAGCACCAUUUUUUUCCUCUUUUGGACGUGGCACGCAGAUGCUUUGUCUCUGUCUGGCUCUGUCUGUUUGUGUCUCUUUCCCUUUUCCACCCUGCUCUCUUUCUGCACUUCACUCCCUCCUUCUCUUCUUUGCUGACCCAGACACCCCAAUCAAAUGAACAAGCAGAUUAUGUGAGAGAAGAGAGAAAACAAAAAGAGGAAUGUUUUGCCACAAGGGGAAUAACAGGAGAAGUAAUUUAUCAUCCUCUCUUUUUGGCGUGAUGACUGAAUGUUUAGAUUCUUCAUGCUGUGGUGUUUUCUGCUCUGUUUCUUAGCUGUAGUCGUUCGUUCCUGUUUUGAUUUUCACAGCUGCUCUCUUUAGUCUGUUAAAGGCCAAAGCCAGUUCAGUUUGGGAGAAAAAAAGCAAAGUCAAAUCCUUAAAAAAAGAAGGAUUUGGCAAGGGGACAAUGUACACUUUACUCUGGAUUUUUCUUUUCUGUAUUUGAAGCUAACUCAAAACAGAUCACAGCCCACGAAUACUCAGCAGAUUAUGUGUAAAAUCAUUUGUAUUUGUUUUUGUGUUUUAAUAAUCCUGUCAUUGUUACAUCCCCAGGUUUGCCACCUUCCCAUGGAUGUAUCUGCUAUCAGGCAUCUUCAGAGAUGCAGAAAUGGCCUUCAUCAUCUAUGUGUGCAUCAACCUCUUCAUCAGUGUCAACACCAUCCUGUCCACCUCCAUCCUCUACUUCCUGAGUCAGAUUUCAACCAUCGACCCUAAGGUCAGACUAAGCUUCCAGAUGCAGUAGUAGUAUGCACACUAUUAUUUCUAUGGUAGCUUUGCAUUACUCACAGCUCUGCCAAUACACACCUAUAUCUGAUAAUCCAGAACAAGUCAGUCCCUAAAGAUAUGGUGACAAAGAUUUGCAGAGGUUUGAGAAAAGUAAACAGAGAAGGGAAAAUAAUAAUUCAGUUUAUUUUACACUCAUUGUUGCUUUUACAUGGGCACAAAUAAUCGAAAUAAAUGCCCGAUAGGUAUAAAAAAGCUUCAUGUAAACUUGUCAAUUAGAAGAUUCUGAUCCAAUUUGUCUCAGUUGGACAGAAAUUGUAUUCUGAAUGAGAGAGGUGGUUUAUGCCAAUCGUUAUUCCGAAAAGCGUCCAUGUAAACAUUUAUUUCGAUAGUGACUCUCUAACCUGACUUGAUCUUCACUCUUUAGCCUUUGGCUUAUUUAUUGAGGUCAGAACAGGAGGUUUCAUUAUUAACAUUCUGGCAUUAAACACAACCGCAGGUGCCAUGUCUGCUCCUCCGAUAACAUAACAAGGCGUACAUAGAGUAUAAUGAUGUCAUAUCUGCACACACAGUGCACCCUUUGACAGAGCAGUAAAAUAAGAAAGCAAGGGCGCCAUCUAGUGACAAUAUUUAACAAAGGGGAAACUCCUGAAUUGGAUGGAGUGAGCCACUACCGUAUUAGUAGGUUUGUCAACAGCACAGACGUAAAUACAACUCGUCUUCUUCUGUGGUUAUUUAAGCGAAAUCAGACAACUCUGCGCAUGUCCAAAUGCUUCUAAUCUGAAUUAAGUUUGGUGCAUGUGUACGCAUGUUAUGAUCAGAUUAUUUGAUUUUGUACCCAUAUAAACAGUGGAUUCAGAUUUUCCGAUCCCCCAAAGUUUUAAUCAGAUCAAGAAAUGUUGCCCAUGUAAACAUGGUGUGCUCUUUUCUUUUCCCCUGCAGACCAUCCUGGCUGUUUUCGACCGGCUGUGCAGUGCCUUUGUCAUCUUCCCCCAGUUUAACUUUGGCCAAGGGUUGAUGUAUCUGGCCAGGAAGAACAUAGAGGUCCAGAUCCUCAGUGGCUAUGGCAUUGAUGCCUAUGAGGACCCGUUCUCCACAGAUGCCCUGGGCAAGCACUUCAUCGCCUCCUUCAUCGAAGGCCUGAUCUUCUUCAGUCUGCGCCUCCUGCUCAACAAGUUCCUUAUACGCAAAGUCAGGUAAGUGAAAGUGAAACCAGAGAAAUGCCAAGAGCUCAUUCGGUCCAGUUUUGAAGUAAGGGUAUGAUUUUAAUGCAGAAUGUGCAUUUGAAAUAGUUUUUAGUUGAUUUUCUUUGGGACAUUUUGUUUUUAAAAUCAACAUUCUCAGUCUGCUCAGACUUUAAAUUCCCAUGGCAGCUCAAAAUAUAAAAAUCUGGAUGAAAAUCAGAUCCAAAAGUCGUCACAAGUAGAAAGCAAAUUAUUCCAUUUGAAUAAAAAAAAAAUGAUGUAAAAUCCAAAUGCACUCCUAAAAUAUUGAACACUGAGAUAGAAAUGCCUGAACCAUCUCUGUUAAAAAUGUCACUAACUACUUUGGAUAUAAUGUAUUUUCUCUGUCUCGCUGCAACCCAUACUUGAUAAAAAUACAUUUUCCUUUGUAGACACCUAAUUUGUGGCAGGAAGACAGUGCCCCACAUGGCCAAAGAGGACGAGGAUGAGGAUGUGGCGAAUGAGCACCUUCGGGUGUCCAGUGGAGCAGCCGGCUCAGACGUACUGCAGGUCAACCAGCUCUCCAAGGUCUAUCAGAACUUCAGCAGGAAGGUCCAUGCUGUCAAGAGGGUGUCCUUGGGCAUUCCCACUGGAGAGGUAAAGCUCAGAGUUAACACAUAUCAAACAUCAAUAAUGCAAUAGGAUUUACAGUUUUUUUAGGAGUAGUUUACCUUCACUUUUCAGAUCGUAGCGCCAUUUAGUUUGUUGAUUUUGCUGUUUAGGUUUAGUUUAAUUGGUUGGUAGUUAUUAUUUGAUCGUACAGUCAAACAUGUUUUUUAGUUUUACUCUAAAAAAAGUCAAUCCUCUCGGAGCUGUACUGUACAAAAACGCCCCAGGAGUACUAAACAUAAACUGUUGUCAUACAGUGUUUUGGUUUGCUGGGGGUGAAUGGAGCAGGAAAGACAACCACCUUCAAGAUGCUAACUGGAGAUGUUAGCCCCACUGACGGCACAGCACAGAUCAGGGACCGGGAUGGGUAAGCUGUUGAUGAAUUUGACUGCAUAGCAUGGCUUUUCAGUAUGUAACCUUACCUGCACAAUGAAUUAGUGUUUUUGCCUCUAGAACAGCUAUAUCUCCUAAUACUAUCUCAAUUUUAGACUGAAUUAAACAUAUCUUUAAGGUGUCUGGCUCCUUUAUUUUCUGUCAUUACAUGUACAUUUCAAAAUACAUCAUGCCAGGAUCUGUGUAUUUUGAAAUUUGUCCCAACAAGCUGAAGGAUAUUCAAGAGAAUGAUAACAGCGCCAACCCAUCACUGGGGGGAAGGCUGUGAUUUCAGCUGUACAGGCAUCCAAGCUGCUCUGUCUAAUGACUCUGAGUUAGAUUCAAUUUGUAUUACACAAAUAUCCACAAAUUAGGAUUUUUAUUGCCUCAAAUUUGUCAAAAUUUGAACAGAAAUGCUUUGGGAUUUCAGAAGUAGCAGCUGUAAGUAACACCUGCAUCUCAGAUGUUUGUGUAUGGAUCCCAGCACCGUUCCCAUGGGUCUAGCUCUCUUACAGCUCUUUUGUGAAGCCGUUCAGUGGAUGUUCCUGGCAUAGACCGACAGCGGACCCUACAUGACCAUCUGUACUACCCCAUGUAGUGAAUAGUGUUUCAGAGAAUAUCUGUCUCUAUGCUUUUUUUCUCCAGGCGUUUGGUAGACAUCAUGGAGUGCCGCAACCAGGGAAUUAACAUCGGCUACUGUCCCCAGGUAGACGCUCUGGACAACCUGCUCACUGGAGAGGAGCAUUUGUACUUCUAUGGUCGCAUCCGAGGCAUCUCAAAGAGGGAGCUAGACGGGGUAAGAAGAGGCUUUAGGCUCUGUGCGUCUUUUCAAAGCUCUGGGUAGUGACAACACCAUCCACAAAAUGACACCAGAUCUGAUAAAAAUUCAAAAGGUGCACUUCCACUGCAGGACGAGUAGCUGUUGAUGCUUCCAUGCAUACUGAAUCAGAGGACUUGAAGCGUUGAGUGAUGCAUGCUGAAAGCUCUAGUAUCUGGGGCAAAAAAUGGAAAAGCUUUUGUUGUCAGCCCAAACUUCAGAUUUAAGCCGAUGCUGUAUGCUUGACUGGAGACAAAUUUACAUUUAAACGAUACAUUGAUGAUGAGAGGAUCUCAUUUGACGUGUCACUUUAGCCCCAUUCUUCUCAUUUAUCUUUCUGAGAACUAAUCAAUCUUGCUUCUGUGUUGAUUACUGAGUGUGCCUGUCUUUGCUGCUGUUGCUGCCAACAUGAGAGGAAUCUUUAGCGCAAUCUAAUCAACAUAUAAAGUGAGUUAUACAAUUUUUAUGUAGUUUUUUGCACCCAGAAGUGCAAAAAGAGUACAGACAGCUCUGAGUUGUUGUUGUUGUCGACAACAUCCUGAUUCCUCACUAUCUAAAUUGUUUGCAAAACACAUCCAUGUUUGCCUCUCUUGCUCUCUCCAAAUCCUUUUGCAACUGCAGAGGCACUAAACAUUAAGUUUCUCUGAGUGUUUUAGCCAUGUUACAGGUAUACUUAUUCUAAUGCAUUAGCAAGGCUUCACAUGGACACACAAACACACACGUAUACACACUUAUACAGUCAAGCAUAAAAUUAUGGAUCUGUCUGGCUCUAAUCGCCUUCGCUGCUGUUGUUCCAGCUCCUCGUCUGUGGUCAGGAUAGUGACAACAACAGUUAUAAUGGCCACAGCACCGGUGUUGGGCUAAUUCACAAAGAUGAGCUUAUAUAUAGAGUUCCUCUUAUGUUGUUCCCCGCCGACAGUCCCCUAGCUGUGGAUAAUGAGACAAGCCUUAAUGGGGUCAUUUCGGAUUGACAUGGUUUUGUCAGGCUUAAUGAGCUGUUACAUCAAAGGUGAUAGAAAGUGGCUUUUAUGAGAGGACGUAAAAAUACAAACUAUUUUGAUCUGGAGCAGUCAGGUAUAUGCUGUGCUGCCAGAGCUUAUCAUUCAGAUUUAGUGUCUGGUACUGUUGAUCUGUCUGAGGUAUUAAAUGUCAGACAGUGUGUUUUAAGACCUUGGAUCAGUGAGCCCAGAAUCAUAUGGAAAAUCAACAGUAAUGCAAAUCCUCUUACAGAGAAAGAUAUCUAUUGCAUUCACUUGCCUCAUUGAUCGGGUCUCUAAACUUGCCAGCUGAUGAGAAAAGGCCUAAAGUGUACCGAUGGGAAAUCAACUUUAGCUCUUUGAAAAGGAACAUGUAUUUACAGCACAUCAUUUCAUGUGAUUAAUAGGAUAGCAUCAGGGUUUCUUUGGAGAAUGAAAUGGUUAUGAGCCAUUAUAGGUUUCCCUACCUCUGCUUUCUUUACGGCUUAACUCUGAGGAUAAUUCGAUAGAUUAUGCUGUGCCAGUUUCUGUUCUGUAAAUCUGCUGCAGCCUCAGGACAGCAUGGAGUUUACAUAGAAUAAAGUCGCACAGUGCAGCCAUCACUGUUAUACAAACAAAAUUAAAAAUUCAUAGGAGUGGGACAGAUAGAUAGCUCAGUUCUUGGCAGUGCUGCUGUUGUGGACAGAAUGGAAAGAGACAAUAAUAGAAAUGAACAUGAAUAUCAAGUAGUGUAUAACUUGUAUGACCACUCUUUGUUCUCAGGAGAGAUUUGGGUAAAUCCACCUCCUUGCCGAGUUUGGAUCCUAAACUCAGCAAGAUCCUGGGAAACUGGUGUUUUGUUUUGGAGAGACACCAUGCAGUCCACUGAUUAAAAGAGAGAAAAUAAACUUUCUGUAAAGGACUAGUGUUUUAGAUCUGCUAAAUCACAAAAGAGAGCACAAAUGAGAGAUGACAAAAUAAUUUUGUUUAUUGUUACUGUAAUUUACUAACAAUACAUGAUCUGACUUUCAUAUUUUAUUUUUUAAUAAAACAAUGGUUCAGAAUCUAAAGAUUAAAAAACCAGCAUAUCCAUGACAUGUAAGACUCUGGGACGAGUAAAUGUAUUGAAAUAUUUGGUAAUUGAAUUUUCUUCCAACUGACAAACUGAAAAAUCAGUUCAGCACUGGCUUUUGAUACAUCCUCAAACACCCUCAUAAUCACAGAUACCUACAUGGCUAAAGUAGAUCACAAUAUAUCCUCCAUAUUAUCUAUGAGCAGAAUGUACAGGUAAGAAGGAAGAGUAAAAGACAAAGCAGAUUUUAUAAGUAAACAUCAGGGAGGUUUCUAAAUGACUAAUUUUUAAGUUUAUCAUUGCAACUGAAAUGUGUGGCCUCUAUCUCUGUGUGUUUAAAAACAGCCAAUUCUCCACAGUCAGUACAACAACAUAGAAUCAUUAUCAGUCAUUAAAAAAACCUACAAUAAUCAACCUACAGACUAUCAACAGUAAGGCCUACAUGAGGCUGUGAAACCACAGUGUGCUGUCAAUCAACACACACACACACACACACACACACACACACACACACACACACACACACACACACACACACACACACACACACACACACACACACACACACACACAUGUUUGAGGUACCCACUCCACAAAUGAAUCAUUUUUGUUUAGUGAAAUCAACAUGCUGUGGUCAGAGUUGAGUCCUCAGUCUAUUAACAGAGAUGUCGUGGGCACACACAGACAGGAUCCCGACAGCUGGUGUUUACUUUAAUCUGUUACCAUGUUAACCAUGACUCUCAGGUAGUGUCAGCUUUUUAUCAGUCUAGGUCCAUGGUGCCUACACUUUCCAAAACUGAACCAAUGAUCAGGUAUACAAGUGAUUGUUAAGUGGCAACUGUCAGCCAAAAAGGUCUGCCUAUUCUCAGGUUGUCGUGGUGAUGAUAAUAAUAAGCCCUGGAGAUGAAGCUGAUGAGUGAAUUUCACAUUAUAGAUAAAAGUAGCUCUCUAUAUUUUCAGCAGCUGUUGUAGCAACCGCAGACCCAUCUGACUAAAAGCUGACAGUGACCAGAGUUUCUCAGGCUUCCCAGCCAUCUGCAUUAUGGGUCAAAAUUGUUAACUUUAUUAGUAGUUUUAACUAAUUAACUAGUAAUACAUGUGUGGAUGAGGUAAUAUGACAAUGUUUGAUUUUUACUUGACUAAAAUUGCACAUGCAUACUUUGGAUUACCAUUUUUCUUUUUAUACACAUUAAAAAGCUAAUGCUUGCAUCCCAUACAACUCAUUUUGGUGUGAUUAUGUUACAGAAAUAUGUCAUUUUUGUGACAUAUCCAUUCGCAUCAUAAAAAUCUAAAGAAUCAACCAGUUGCUGCCUUCUGGUUGUUCUUUGUUGAUUUUUUUUUUCCACGGUAUAAUCCCCUGCAUGUUUCCUGUAAAGGUGGUGAGGUACCUGCUGAAGAGGCUGGAGCUGAACUACCACAGAAACAUCACCACUGAAGGUUAUAGCUGUGGCACCCGUAGGAAGCUCUCGACAGCGCUGGCUCUUAUUGGACAUCCACAAAUCCUGCUCCUGGUGAGGACACAUCUGUUCUCCUCUUUCCAGCUUUUUUAAUGCCCAAUACACCACCAGAUGACAAAUAUGAGUUUGACUAUUUCUCCUCUCUGACUAAAGUACAUAUUGAUCUCCUAGACUUGGCAGAUCUCAUACAGUUAAUUAGUCUGCCUCCUCUGGCUUACCCAGGGGGGUUUUUCCCUGUAACCUUUCUACAUUAUCUCUCUAUCAAAGACCUCCUCUCUUCUCUCCCUCACCGUCUUGCUGUUUUCAGCUUUCUCUACGUAUUUUCUUUUCUUUGUUGGUGCUUAAUUUAUCAUCAGUUCCAUCUUACUGCUUAUUUUGGGAUAUUUCUUUGUGUCUACUCCAGUUUAUCGUUGCUUUUUUCCUCCUAACAGUGUGCGCACAAAGUAAUUAUGUGCGCACACUGUUUGCAACCCACCGCUAAACUCAGUUAACUUCCAUUUACCUUUGAGCACGCUAUCUUGAUGUCUUUUCUUUGUUUCACACACAUUGUGCCAUCCUCUUCUAAUCCUUCUUUUCUCUGUAGGACGAGCCAAGCUCUGGCAUGGACCCUCGCACAAAGCGUCACCUGUGGAAGAUCAUCUCUGAAGAAGUGAAAGGAAAAUGUGCCGUGGUCCUCACCUCUCACAGGUCAGAGGAGUAUCACCAACAUUAACCUGCCGUCAGCAUUUACCUCUGCUUAACUUUACCUCAGCAGAGCGCCAGCAUUUUGCUGCUGUGCUUCAUAUUUUUUCAGACAAUAUCGGACUGUUCUUCAGAUAACAACUAAGACCAGUGAUUUUUCUGAAGUACAGCAGGCUCGGCUAAUUACCAUGUGCUUGCAAAGCCCUAUUUUGACCUUCUGUUUUCUUGUCCUUGUCUUUGUAUCUCAGCAUGGAGGAGUGUGAGGCGCUUUGCAGCCGUCUUGCCAUCAUGGUGAAAGGUCAGUUCCGUUGCCUGGGCUCCCUGCAGCACAUUAAGAACAGGUUAGUGACCUCUGCUCAUCCUCCAGUCCAGCCAUUACUGCUCUUACCACCCCGCCUCCACAGCCCUCAAUCAUUCUGAUGUAGUCCUUUGUGCAAGCAAAUGCUCACUUUUACUUUACUAAGAACAGUUUGCUCUCCCCCAUCUUCACCUUCACCCUCACACACCCUCUAACUGAGACAUGUAAUAACACAAGUCUUUGUUCCUAACAUCUCUUUUGUGCAGGUUUGGCAGCGGGUUCACUGUGAAGAUGUACUUGGCCGAGGCCUCCAGCGACGCAGAGGCAAUCACAGGCUUCAUGCAGCGCAGAUUCCCCAGCACUUAUCUCAAGGUGAGCUUUGCCAGUCAUGGAAAGUUCUCAAGAGCACUUGGAAGAGAACAUAGAUAUAUAUCCUUGUUAUGGUUUAUACAGCAGUGCAAUGGAUCACAACCUUUGGUUAAGCCUUUCCAAACUACAUGAGCUGAUUGCUGGCAGAACGAGACAACAAAUAUUACAUUAUAAAGUAAUUAAGGCAAACAUGACGGCAACAGCAGCUUAUUUACAGUUCUAGCAGACAUGGGGCAACAUUAGCAUUAAAUUGGAAUUUUGUUUCUGUCCAAGGGAGAAAUGUAACCCCAAAUUUAACUCCAGCAGGAGAUGAGUUGGUUAUCAAAGGAUUUUUUUCUGCCUGAUGCAGUGAAAAACAAGGUUGAUGAGCCAGAACCAGAACCAGAACAGCAAAGUUGUUGGCUAGACUUAAGUUAAAAAUAAACAAAACACACAAAAUACAAAGACUGUGGAGCUGAGGAGACUGAUAGAGUAAUGUAACGAUUGUCAGUAUAUCUUUAUGCCAUGUCAUCCCUUUACCAUUAUACAGUACGUACUUACUUUAUUGUUGUGUUAACGUGACAACAAUGAUGAGUGCAAUUUCAAGGCCUCAUGAUGUUUGUAUCAUUGAUUGUCUGAGCGAGCUGGAAUUUAAAUUUUGUUGAUAUGCAUGAGUAAUGUAGGCUGAGUUUGAUUUGAUCAUUUUUUCAUCAAGUCCUACAGAGUUUCAGUUCCACAGAAAGGCUAUUUCUAAAUAUUUAACCUUCUACUUGUGUAUUCUCUCUCUGAAUUCACAGGAUCAGCACUCCAGUAUGGUGGAAUAUCACGUCCCAGUUGCUCCAGGAGGGGUGGCUGACAUCUUCGACCAGCUGGAGUCCAACAAGAAUACUCUGCGGAUCAAACACUUCUCUGUGAGCCAGACCACACUGGAUGAGGUGAGAGAAGGAGACAGAACAUAAACAAACCAAGGGAGGGGGGCAGCUGGUGCGAGGGUUUCGUAAGGGUGGGAACAUGCCAGCAAGGGACAGUACAAAUAAAGAGGACUGUGGAUGAUAGAGAAAGAGAGAGAGAGCAGGGACAGCAGAAUGCUGAGUGGGAGUGAAAAGUGAGCAGAGAAAGUUUAAAAGAGGCAGAGGCAAACUGACAGAGGGUAUGCCGGAGGGAAAAUAAAUGGAGUAUGAGUUAGGGAAAGAAUCCAUGAGCUUUAUAUGCAGCCAGUGCUGAUACUCUUCAACCACUCUGCCCUUCUGGGGCUCUGGGAUUGGAAGAUACCACAGGCAAAAUAAAAAAAGGGGUGGUCAGGAAGGGGACUGACCAGAAGCAUAACUGAAAAUAACUCAAAUAAAAAGUAUUUCCCUUCUUCUGUUGAAAUUAAAAGCUUUUUUUUUUUCUUCAUAGGUCUUCAUCAACUUUGCCAUGGAAAAGGAUGAUAUGGAAAGUAUCCCAGUUCACAGCCAAGAUGACUUUGGGGUUGACAGUCUGGGCUCCAUCAGUGCUGUUGAAACAUAA